GAGACAUUGAACAAUGAAGACACCAGCGUUGUUCCUUCUCUGGCUUCUUGUCUGCAGUAAGUAAGGAUUUUUAAGAACCCCUCCAUGUGUGCUCAUAUGUGCAUCUCUCUUACACAUCAUUUCCAGGAACUAUGUGCUGCUGGGGUUAAUCCACUAAACAACAAACUUUAAACAAAAUUACUAAACUGAGCUAGGAAGUAAUGAUUCAGAAACAUUUUCAAACUCUGCUACAGUCGGAGCUUGGCUAGUUUAGCCUUAAAUUUGCCGUUUGACUUUCUGGUCACUACGAUUCAGAGUUUAGCAUAAAAUAACGUUAAUAAAAAUUGUUUACUGAGCAGAAAACACAACAUUCAGAUUUCAUUAAUAAAGCUCCAACAUAUACCAUGGUGAGGUCUAUAACGAUUAUACGGCUGUGAUUGUUAACUUUUGGCUCUAACCAUUAUGUUGAACUGGAAAUCUCCUAAUUCUCUGAUAGCUUAGGAUCAGACCGAGUCUCUUGGGAAAUAAUAAGGUUUACUGCAAUGGGGUGCGCUUCCUAACACCUCUCACACUAUAUAGGAAGGCUUUAAAGUUCAAAUUUGAGUUCCUGUUGGUAGUAGGACUGUUUCCAAUAAUCCAAGUCAGAUGACAGGUAUAAGUAUAAUGAAAAAAUGUAUUAGAAUCAAGUGUUUGACAUUCAAGUCUUAAAUUAAAAUGUAUUGAAAUUGUGAUAAUGGUGACUUUAAAAGGAAUGUGUACCAAUCAGAAGCCUGUCCCGGAGUGUGGGCAUUAAUUGGGCAUGGGGGUUGCUCAUGAGAAGAGUGAUGUACGUUAUAGACGGUCCCUGAAAAAUGAGAAACCCAUCAAUCCUUCAUGUAGUUGUAUAUUAAAGGGGAACUGUCACUUUAAUGUGUAUCCCUGUAUUGAACAAAUGCGUAUUAGUGAAGUGUAAAAAAUAAAAUAAAAAGUAGAAGUCUGUUCAUCCUACAACUGGGCGCCUCCAUUUUAGCUCACUGUCAUUUUGUCACGUAUUCAUCCACUUAUAAAAAUGUGAUUAAUGGAAUUUACUGUCCACACAGGAAAAGUUGUGCCGAGCAGAAAUCAAAUCCACAGCAGGGUUUGUGCUAAGCAGCAAUUAUGCAAAUGGGAACCUGGUAACUGCCUUUGGGGUCAAAGGCCGGUUACAACCUAUCAGAUCUAGAGGAGGGGUAUUUAGGCCCAGGUGUCAUCCUGCUCAGUGCCCUGCCAUGGUUUCCCUUGUGGUUGUCCGAGAGCACGUUAUUGAUUCUGGUUAUUUGACUUUGGCAUUGUUUUUGACUUCCCUGUUUUCUGGCAUCCCUGACUCCUGGCUUUCUCUUAUCGUUGUGUCUCCUUCUGUUUCCCUUGACCUCGGCUAUUCCUGACUAUUCUUUGGUACGUUAGUCCGGCCAUUCUAAGGUCCGGUACACGUUACCUAUCAGUCCUCUGUGUUACACAAUUCUACGUGCUGGAUCAUACUGUAAUCCUGACACCUUUGAACCGAACAGUCAGCAUAUAGAAAGCAUAGGGAGGAAUGAAACAAUGUUUCUAUUGCUCCUCAUAUUUUGCAUUGUGUGCCCUGGUCUUGCCUUGUCUGGAUUAUGAUCUCAUUUGCUUUAGUAUGAAUUAAGAAUGUGUGAUAUCUUCCAUGAACCAUGGAUGGGCCCUCACUCUUGCAUGUAGACUCUGUCCAUCUGAAGAUUGAAAAUAAGAAAAUGAGAUGUCUCAACUACAGAUACAAGGCCUUGGCCAGCCAUGGUGCAGACUCUGCUGGGCUGGGAAAUAGAAAACAGGCAUACAAUCAUUCUGUAAGCUACACUUGGUUUCAGAGGGGGUAUAUUAAAACAGCACUGUAACCCCAUCUCCUCCUCCCUUCUGGAAAAUUGGUAUUUCAUGAAGAUAACCUCUUUAUCAAAUACUCGUUUUAACUGUGUUUGAAUUUCACUGAAAUUCCAACCCAGUUAAGAGAUGUGCAGAGAUUAAUUAGGGACUACUUUGACUCUGUAUAUUACCUCUGCCUGACUUUCCUAGACUCAGGGCGGAGUGUAAAUUCUGACAGCCGGUCUAGCAGAAUCCUCCGUAGACAGCAAUUUUUUACUUACGUGCAUGCGCAGGGGCUGAAGAGGAGCAGACAGAGCUAGAUAGCAGCACCAGUAAGGAACAGGUUCAGAUCAGUAAAUCUCAACUUUAUCUGUACCCCACCCCCCUCUCUCUUUCCCCCUCCUGGCACAGGACCCCAGCGGCGAUGUCCCCAUCGGGGGUCUUUGCGAAUUUGGCAAAGUCCCCAGAUAGUGACAGUGCCACUUUUAAAAUGAUUUACUGUGUGGUGAAAUGUUGUAUCAGUUAAAAAGAGACCUUCUAUAUUAAUAUUAUUUUUUGUCAUUUUAUGUAAAAAACACAUCUGGCAGUCACAGGGUUAAACCAGUUCUGUUAUUUGCAGGUUUAUUGGUCCUUCUUUAUGAAUAUAGUGAGUGUUAGUUUAGUGAUGAGCAAUACUGAGGAAUAUCUUGGAGGCACUGAUUCAUUAUUAAGAGUUCCCACAAACGAUCGCCCUGUGCCUUUUCUUGCUACCCUUAUAUUCUCAAGCCAAACUUCCUAUCAAUUUGCCUGGGUGACUUAAUAGGCUGCCAGUUUCACACGGUCCUGCCUAAAAUGAAGAACUGGGUAACAGUUACUGUAAAUAUUUUGUGCUAAAUACUAUUUAUAAAAAAAAAAGUUUGCGGAAACCGAUGAAUGUUAGGUGUGGCACAAACCUAACUUUAAAAAAACCAAAAUAAUCUAAUCAAAUUGCAGUUACGAGCAUUAAUAAUCUCAUUUGCAUCCGAAUCUGCUGAAGGGACAGUCCCUGGUCUUUCAUGAUUUCAUAUAUCACGCUACCAUCAGCCUCAAGGUGCAUUUAGAAGGUUAACUGAACGUUCUAUUGUUGUGCAUUGAAAACCCUUAAUUUGGGUAAAAAGUGAUGAUUUUUAACAAUUCGUAGUUAUAGUCAUAGUUGGUUAGUUUAGCUUAAGGUUUUGUCUGUUUUAGCUUAAAUUCAGAUUUCAGAUCACUAUAAAUCUAGUUAGAAAAAAACAUUUCCUAAAAGGUCUGCCAUUGAAAAGUACUGCAUUGCAUUUAUUGCGCUCUUUAUAAUAUAUUAUCUGAUUCUUGACUUACGACUCCAUUAUCUGUACGAUGUACAUAUGUAGGCAGUCGCUAUCUGCACUGUAGGAUGGGUGGUUGUAGCUACAUUAAUAAUAUAAAAUAAAGGGUUGUAUAGAAUCUUAAAGGUUCAGUCUAGGCCCCAUAACUUUGACUGCCAUCUCAGAGUGAGCAGUCAACCUGGUUCAUUGAGAGUCUAAAAAACAGGUUAGAUUGACUUCACUCAUCUGAGAAAAAGAGGCUGGACCAGAGUGUCCGUUUAACUACUUGGCAUAGGAUGGCGCCAUGAGACUCCUGGAACCAUAGCCACUUCAGCAUGGUUGUGGUGGUUAUACCAAAUAUUAUUAUUAUUAUGCAUAUAUACUCAUGUUUUAUUAAUAACAUUGUAGCAAAAUCCACCUGGCUGUCCAGCAUAUUUCACUUCCAUUGUUUUCCCCAUAGUCUUUCGUGCGAAUUAAAACGUUUGUCUAAUUGUUCCCAUAAACUGUACUGAAAUACGUUAUUCACCAUACGAACACAAACUACCGAACACCGGGCCGCAUAAGUGUGACUUCAAUUAACCUCCCUGUUCGCUUCAUUGAAUUCCCCAUUGAAAAGCACAAACUUGUUGUUAAAGUCCCUGGGUGGCCGCCAUUUAGGGAGCAGAACACGUGGCGGCGGCCAUCUUAAACUCCCGAACAGCGGUGUUUUGCCAUCAAGUGUCUGGAAAUAAAAUCGGACACUCGACUAAGCGAACACCGCUGAGACCUGCAGAGCUGUGGAAGAGACUGAUAGAAACUCAGGCCAUUCGGUAGUUUGAAUCCCACGAACAAGGGGAUUCAUCCCAAUGCAAACACAACUCUGGAUGGCAUUGAGUUCGGGACUUUUUAGCCACAAAAAAGAGACCGACCGCAAGGCCAAAACUCAUGGAACUGUUUUCGGCUACUGUUGCCUGUGCGGUAGGUCAAAACUUUAGACCUCCAUAACUUCCGAACCCCUGGUCCGAUCUGGGUGAUUUUUGAGUAUGUUGCUCACCCAGAUCAGGGCUAUCAGGGGAUACCAUAGGGGUGUACCUUAUGUAUUUGGGGUACAUCUAGAACUUGGGAAAAAUUGUGUACCUUUUUAAUUAUGUUAAAUGUUUAUCUGAGGGGAGGAGAUGUGUGAGUUGUACCUUGUACCCGAUUUGGUUAUUGUAAUAAUUAUGGUGGGUGUCUCCCUUGCAUGAGAGGAUUGCAUAAAAGAUCAGUUCUGCUCCUGAUAUUGUGUGUCGUCCAGUUAUUGGGAAAAGUGAUGGGAUAUUCUCGGAUUAUAUCGCUGAUUGUGCCUGCUACUCUAUUGGAUUUACUACUUGUUCCUGAGCUAUUCUAGGAUACCAGCGGAAAUAGGCUGUGGGAGACCAGCUCUCCGCUACAAACAUCUUUAUUAACACAUUUCUUUAACCUCUUAAGGACCAAACUUCUGAAAUAGAGGGAAACCAUGACAUGUCACACGUUUCAUGUGUCCUUAAGGGGUUAAAUAUCUUAAUCCAAGUAACAAGCGAAUAACUGAGCUGUUAACGAUAGGAUAGAAAUAUAUAUAUAUAUACUUCACAGACGCGAUAAAUCCUGGUCUUGUCCAGAACUCCCAUGCUGAACCUGUUUUAGAAUCGCCCGUAGCAAGCUGUCAGUAACAUUGCUACAUUUAGAAUGUCAUUGUCUGAAUUUUGUGCAGAAUACAUGUAACAGAAUGCCAGUCUGCAAAAAUAUGAAUCACUGACUAUUGGGAGAAUGUAAGGAAGUGCUUAGAACACGAAUUCCCCAUGUUGGUAACUUGACUGGUUUGUCUUUUGAAAAGAACCAUGAGAUAUCACUGCGUCAGGAUAUUCGUCUGCAGUGAGUCAGGCUGGGAAGUAAAAAUAGAUUUCGAAAGUAAGGAAGUGUUAAUGCUGCUCGCGGAAUAAAUAUCAUUUUACCGUUUCAGAACGGGCUGAAAUAAAGAGAGAUCAGAUACAAUAUAAUAAUAAUAGCUGUAAUUACACUCGCCCCAUUUGUUUAUUAAUUAACCGUUACUUACCAAAAUGGAGACUACCUUGGUGGAAUAUCUAUGAAAGCAUCUGGAUAAAGUCACAGUGAAACUCCGUCGAAGUGGCUCCAUUUUGCAAGUUUGAGUUAUUAAUUUAGUUCCCUAGGGUUUAAUCUAAAUCCUUACAUUGUUAUAACUCUAGCAGUCUCGGAUGUAUUUUGUAGUGUUGUUCCACAUUAAAGGGUUUUUUGUUUUUUUUUUAAGUUUUCUUGUCGGGCUUUUUUUGCUACAGUUUGAGUUUCAUUGUAUUCUGGAAAUUGGUCUAUACCACUGUAUAAUGUCCAACUUGUGCAAAUCCUAGCUUUAGGACACUGGCCCUUGUAGUGGUUAUGGUUCCAUAACCCCCAACAGCAAACCCAGUCACCUUUAAUCCAUGCCCAAGGUGAAGCAACUCUGGGGAAAAUGGAGGCCAACAGUUACUAAAAUAGCUGCGAGAGAGCAGGGCAGAGUUUAUAUACUCUCAGUGAUGGUGACUACCGUCACAGCCCCAUUGGUGUAGUAACUUUUUGCCCCACUUAUUGUCAACUAGGUUAUCCCCAACGGUAUAGUAUAAGGUUAAACCUGAGAAUUGUGCGCACCGGUAGGAGAUUUCUCUUCCACUGCAUCAUGAAUGGUGAGAAAACCGGGUAGAGCUGUAUGUCCGCAAAUCUGAUUUGAGAGUUUUGGAGGGGUUCUUGCUGUUCACAGUAAAUUUGUUUUGUAAAUGAAGAAGCGCAUCCUCAGUAUAGUGUCUUGUGGUAAAUUAGGAGGUGCACUAACUUUAGGCAGUUAGUGAAUCCUAUCGCUUAUAAACUGUGACAUAUGAAACUUAGCCAGUAGGUGUGACACAUAUUCUUUAAAAUAAUAUCAUUCUAUAAAUUCCCAACUCCAAAGGAGUUAUGGUAUCUGGGAUGCCCCUAAUCAUGAUAUUAUUGCUUGUGACCUAUCUUCUGAGUCCUAUGUGUACCCACUGAUGCGUUAUGUGACUCUAUUAUGUCGUCCAUCUUGACCUCUAGCUUGUCUGUGUGUUCACCAGUUUUGUGAAUUGUGGCAGAAAUUUCCGAUGUGGUGGUUGACAUAAGACUGAAUAUCCAUAUGGAUAUCUUGCAGUAUUGUCUUCAUCUUUUCUGUAAAGGCCUCUGAGUUCAGUAGUACUGUAACAGUAAUUGGUGCCUCUGUGGCCUGCUCUUCCUGCCUCAGCGUCAUGGAUCCGGGCACAGCACCAGCCGAAAUUAAAUGUAGGCGGUCGGAAUGAAUGAAUGUAUAUAUUCGUUUUGAAUUGUGCCCUCUUCAGCUUGGUACCUGUCAUGGUCCCACUGUUGCUUCUUUGAUGCUGGUUUUUUCUCCAGGCUGGAAUGAGCUCCAAGCCUAAACAGCCAUCUUGAUUCAGUUCCAAACCAUGUCCCCUGUUUCAUCUUCUCUGUGCCUCAUUGAUUGCUUCAUUUUCCAUUCUUUGCCAUGGUAACCUUUUCAUUGUAAGCGAAAUUAGACUCAGACUUUGUAGGUGUAUAGUCCUCGAACCUUGCUCCAUUUCCCUUCUUCUGCUUAUUCUUGUGUGACCUAGCAGCUUUUCUCCCUAUCUCUAGCUUCGUCCCCAAGGAGGAACCCCGUCAUUCUCCUGUCUCCUCUCCCUGUGUGCCAAUUUCAUAUUACCUCUCAAUACCACACUUGUAAUGUUGCUACUGUUGCUUUCUGUUCACUUAUGUUCACACUGGUCAGGUAUACAAUAAGCGUAAUGUGUAAACAUUCUAUUUUGGUGAAUGUGUCGCUCUCCCAUAACCUUCUGAAGGAAUUUGAUUGGUGAUGUUUGAAGAGCUGCUUCUUUUAAUCUCAUCCUGUCGCAUGCAAGUUACAUUGGCGCAUGUUUCUAGAACGUGAAUUUACCAGACCUCCACCUGAACUUCACUUAUAUGUGAGGUGGCUGGAUUCACCAUUUUUAUCUAAAUGUUUGCUAACCUAGUAAAUUGCAUGGAAUGCAUUUCUGAAUUAUGAGCAUAUCUCCUUUUAUGAGAUGUACCUGUUUUUUUUUUUAUGCUUGGGGUCUAGUGGUGAGUGCAAGGAUAGUGUGUGCACGGAGGAGCCAAUCAGUCAUUAAGGUGCCCUAAAAUACUCUCAAAAAUAUGUGAACUCUGACCUAUAAUAAAUCUGUUUUGGUGUUUUACAGUCGCGCUCCCGUUACACAAUUCCUCUUAAAGCAAUAUUUCCAACAGAUUAAUAUUCUAUUUAACCAAAGAUUUGACCGUUUUUCUUUUAAUGUGCAUGCGUAGUGCAGCAGUUUUAAAGCUGUUAGGGUGUGGGUGCUUUUUGCUAAUCCUGGGCCAAACCAUUUGCGAGCCUUUUUGGUUGACCGUCGAACGGCAAAGAUUGUUUGAGUGGGUCAGUAGACACUUUCAUGCAAUCAAUGCCAUGCACAUACUGAUGAAAUUGCUAGCAACUGGUGAGCAGGGAGCUGGGCUGCACCUGCCUUGGGGACCCCUGGUCCCGGUAAAACCGCUCCAAAAUCGUUUGACUGGCCUAACUGGCCAGUUAUAAGUAUUCAUUAUUUAAUAUGAUGAUGCAUAGUCAUUUUCAGGUAACCUGGACACCAAAGUUGUACACUGCGAGUUGUAACCUCUAGGGUGCACAUACCAAAUGAGUUAUGUCAUGUAGUAUCAUGAGGGUGCUGCAGCAUUUUCACCAUUUAUUUGGAAGAUUGCCACACUGGUCCCACUUGCAUGGUGACCUCCAUGUAAGCAUUAGAUUUUGUAAUCAGUGCAUCUCUAUGGUAAGAGUUUAGCGUUUCCAUGCACACUGUGAAGGACUGACCCAGGAAGCACCUCUAGUAGCCGUCUGAGUGACUGCCACUAGAGGUGUUACUAGGCAGUAAUGUAAACACUGCCUUUUCCCUGAAAAGGCAGCAUUUACAUUAAAAAGCCUGCAGGGACUGACUAUACUCACCAGAACUACUACAUUGAGCUGAGGUUGUUCUGGUGACUAUAGUGUCCCUUUAAGCAGCAGCAUUUUACAAAACACUACUGUUUAUACACCCCGGCAUUAUUACACAGUGUUGCUAAUCUUAUUAAGUAAAUACUGGACAUAUUAAUGGCAUUGUGUUUGUUCUAUUAAGAGUUCCAUUUAUUAUGUAUUUAUUUUGUACUAGUGGUAACUUUAUAGCAUCUCCGUCCAUGUAUAGAACACCAACGGUUACAGUAGCCUCUCGAUUAUUUUUUUGUUUGUUUGUUUUUUCCUCUUUCAGUUGCCUUGACCGACGCUGCCUAUAAAAAAUGGAUUCCUAAUACGAAUUUUGAGAAUGCUUCAAACUGGAAUGAAAGGAGAGUCCCCUGCUCUCAGGAUAAAGUGAUUUUCCCAAGUGGCCAGGUAUUACAAGCUGUCAAUGGGGAAUCUUUAACCGUUGCUGGGAACACACCUGAGUCCUCAAGUGUAACAGGUGUUCCAGGUGAUUUAUUAAGGGAUUUCCACUCCUUGAUCUCAUAGCAGCAAUAAACAACUAAGACUUGGCCAUGCAGCUUAUAAGAACACUCCAUAACACACCAUAACCACUACAGUGUGCUGUUAUGGUGCGAGGAGGGCACUGUAGUCAGACCAUUUUAGAACCUGACGAUUGAAGAAGUCGUUCACAGUUUGGAUACAUUUACAUUUGAUUUUCAUACUUUGAGCUGUGCUGCCGAGCACGGUUUGAUUACUGAAAAACUGUAGAUUUCUACGUUAAAAUAAAAUGUUGUAACCACAAAUAUUUUCACAACAAUCCCAAUGUCAGACCUUGUUUAGUUCACUUAUUAUUUUAUAUGACUAAGUACACAGAAUAACACAAUCGUAACACUUUUUAGGAAUGGCUCUGUGUGAUCGCUAAUAUAUGGUUAUUCUCCUUCGUGCAACAAAUGAUUAUAUCGUCUUUACACCUUAUUAAUACCUUAUUUCAUUUUAUUUUUUUUACAGAGAGUUUCAAUCUAUGUACAAUCAGCCCACUCCUUGGCAGAGAUGGUAAGGGUUUUUUUCCAAUUAAUUUAUUUCACAAAUUAGUGUUUAUUUUGAGAUUUAUUUAUUUGUUUAAUUUUUUUUUAUUUUUUUAAAGUACCUUAGUAAGAAAACACACCCUGUAAAAGAGAGUACAGUAAACAUUGUGAAUCAGGUGUGGAGCAAACAUGUAUAGUAAAAAUAUACUCCCCAAGGAGGCGCGGUGGGGAGAACGAUAAAAGCAUACAUUGUCAGGAAAAGAAACACAAAUCUUGAUAAAUGAAACUGUCACUCUAGCAGGAAGGAAACCUUUUAACCUACAACAGCAUGUAGAUAUUUAGAACAUCGCUUGAGGAGUUAAAUCACUUUGUUUAUUAAGAUAGCCACACCUCCCCAGGCUGUUACUUACACUGCCUACUUGAAAACAAUGGUUUUGUUUUCAAACAUCUCUUACAGCACAGUGUGUUUACUUUAGAAGUUUAUAUCUCUUGUUAAUAGGACACUAUAGGCACUAGAAUAACUACAGCUUAUUGUAGUUGUUCUGGUGAGUAUCACAUGUCCCUGCAGGCAUUUGUACCCCUUAAAGACGCAUGAUGGAAAAUUUCCGGCCAAUAAUAAAAUUAAGCCUAGAUUUCCGCAAUCGUGGGGUUAAUGUUCUUGCAGUGUGCCCCCGUGUCUGUGGCACACUGCUGUAAGCAAUCUCGCCGAUUCAGCCGCUGUGAUCGCUCUGACCAGGAGUCAGAGCAAUCACACGUGCUGCAGUGAAACCCAAUCUGCCUCCCUGCACCUCCAUGUGAGCUGUGAAGUGCAGAGAGACCGAUCACUGCUGAUCUGUCUCUGGCUGUAAAAAAAAAAAAGUGUUAGUAAUAAAAUCUCACCCCACCUCACCUCUUUCAAAUAAAAUGUAACCCCUUCCCUGCCCUUUUGAUCACUGUCUGCCGUGAUCAAAAUACAGAUCACAGUAUUUCAAUAUGAUCUGAUUUUUUUUUUCUUAAAGAGGGUUAACUGUUAUUUUUUUUAUUUUUUUUACCAUCAGGGGUUAAAUUUAUUUAGUCACUUAACCCCUUAAGAACUGAGGCUGUUGUACAAGUUUUGAUCAAAACAAAACCUAUUGCAAUAAGGGUAUUUUAAACAUCAGACCUCUUUUUCAGGAAGUGUGUAGAGAGGCUGUGUGAAAAUUGAGCAGUGACAUUGCAGGGGCAUGGUCUGUACACCAAAAACACUUAAAGGAUCACUAUAGGGUCAGGAACACAAACCUGUAUUUCUGUCCCUAUAGUGUUUAACCCACUAUUUAGGUGGCUUGCCCCCCCAUAAAAGUUUAAAUCUCACCUUAUUUCCAGCGCCACGCGGGUCUGUCGACUCUGGCUCCGCCCCCUUGUGACAUCAUAAAAAGUUACGAUUUCUAGCCAAUCUAAUGCUUUCACAUAGGGAAAUGCAUCUGUAUGAGGAAAAUUCAGCGUCUCCAUGGAGAGCGUGGAGAUGCUGAACGGCAUGGCUGCUUUUUUGGCAGCACUGACCUGGGAAGCACCUCUAGUGGCUAUCUAAGGAGAGCCACUUGGAGGUGUCCAUAGGCGCAAUGUAGACACUGCCUUUUCUCUAAAAAGGCAGUAUUUGCAUGAAGAAAAGCCCGAAGGGAACUAUUAUACUCACCAGAACUACUAUAUUAAGCUGUAGUUGUUCUGGUGACUAUAGUGUCCCUUUAAAAAAUCUAAAGCUUUUUUGGUACUUUAAGUUCUCUAGUAGAAAACCAGUAUAUUUAACCCAUAAUUUAUCUAUAAGUUAAAAAUUAACUAAAGAUGAUAAAUCAAAACGACAUAAACUUUACAAAUAAAAUGUAUACAGAAUGCAGUGAUACUGAAUAGGUUAUAUCCAACGGUGGACAGGCAACACCUGUCAAAAUAUUUCUAGUUCUCCUUAGCGAGACCUUUUAUACCAUACAACUGUGCUGCUUCCUUGGAGUAGAAAGUAGUCAUCACUCAGUUGUCUAAAUCCAGUUCAAUUGGGCAUUCUGUUCUUUUUUUUUUUUUCUUAAAAUAAAUUAGCCAUUGCUUGAGGUUGUAAAAACGCUCCCUGUUACGGUAAUUGAUUUAGCAGCAUGAAAGAAUGGGGUAAAACAAGUCAAACUAUCGACUCAUAGAAGUUUAGUCUAUGUUAAUUUCAUAGCAGACAUUACAAGAAGUUCCCCUGUACUUGACUUCUUGCACAGUUGCUCAUAAUUGCGUCAAUUUACAAAAAUCUCUGCAGUCCUAAAGCUGCGUCUCCUGCUUAUGACCUCAAAGGAGGCUGGCAAAGCAGAAUAAAAUUUUGUAGUUCUCCUCGAGAAGCUGGGGAUCUAAAUUUUGCCCAACCUUGGCACGGAGGGCACAAGAACUUUAACUGGUAUGAAUGUUGUUAUUCUACAGAAAUGGGCUUCUCUUUUGACAUUUAGCGUUUUAUGUACAGUCCUGUGUUUCGCUACAAACUAACGGGGUGGGUAGUGUGACAUGCCCAGACGUCUGUGUUUAACAUUACGUAAUGCAGAUUAAAAUCACAUGCUCUCAUUAAUCAAUCUGAUACAUAUACUGAUUGCCCUUACAUUAGAUUACCAAAAUAACCCAUGACUUGCUUAAGGUGUAGACCAUUUGUUUUGUCAACUGAGACCUGCUUUGGAAUUAUAUAUAAUUUGAGGAAACAAAGCCUAUCCCUGUCAUUCCAUAACUCCCCUCAGAGGGAAUUCCCUAGGAGUCUGAUUGAAACCGUUUGGGAAACAAAAAUGCCAAGCCACGAAAAACUGUUGGUGACUUCACACACAGGCAUUCUCCAAAAACAAUGAGGGGGUUAUCAAAUAACCCAAUGUGGAAAAUCCCUUACCAAGUAUAAGGGGGAGAAAAACACACAUGCUUUAGGUAAAAAGUUACUGAUUUCUUUAUUGAAACUGCGAAAGGAAUGGAAAUAGCUCUACUGGCUGAAUACAAAUGUUUUGAAUGAUACUCUGUGUGUGCCACAUCACGCUAGCUAUUUUAUUGUGAAAAUUUAGUUUACCUAAACAUAUACAAGCAGUCUAGAAUAUCAUUUUAUUUUUUUUAUUUUUUAAAAUAAAGUGUGGCCCAAAAGCUUAAACGGGACCAGGGACAUAGUAAUGUUGCAUAUUUAUAUCUCUACUGUUAUAGAAUAUUCCUGGAACUAGUUACUUUUUGCAGGAGCACUCAUGUUCAAAAACCACCACCUUUAUGGGUCUAGAAACAUUAUACAGCCAGCCAAUUAAGCUGUCAGUCCACGAAUACUGCACCCACAUAUGCCAACUUACCAUAACUAGCUUAAAUGCAACCUUAUUUUAUUUUAGUGGAUAACAAAACUGUGCCAGGCGUUAAAACUUUCAAUAGCUUCUUUCUUUGAUGUGCAACUUCCUGGUUCACUAACAGGAGAGUCUUCUUUUCGAUCUGUCUUUCUUUCUUUAAAAUUAAAGUUUUUGUUUUAUUGAGUGGAGAAAUCACAGUACAAGCGGAUAUGGUUACGUACUUAUUCCAAGCAUGUAAACACAAGUAGGUAAAAGCUCAUAGUACGGACUUAGUGCCAAUCAUUUUUUUUUGUAAUAAAAACAUGAUAAUAUUUAACGUUGGUCAUAUCGUCCCAUAAUCAGGAGAGAAUUGUAGGCACAUUUAUAGGCUUCAGUGUUUAGGCAAUGAAGAAUUUGCUAUAAUUUGCUAUAUAGGUACCUGCACAUUAGACCGGACACGCUAAUAGCCAUGUGGUAAUCAAGUGAAUAAUAAACAGUGAAUUACUGCAAAAGAUUUUCAACAGUUUAGUAAGGAGUAUAACCCCUAUAAAGCCCCUUAAAUAGGCUAAAAGUUAAUGCAGAAACCGAGCAAAUUCCCGCUAUGGAUACCUGUGUCAGGCCCCAGAGCCCUGUAGUAUGUUGAGUAUGUAGAGGCGUUGGAUCUCCGUGUGGCAAGCUGGUAGAUCCUGCAGGGUCAACAGAGUCUCCCCUGCUGCUUUCAAGACACAGUGUGCAGUAGAGUAUAGAGUCAGCGGACUGUGGAACCUCAGCGGACUACAUAUCGCUGUCAUCAGGAUGAAGCUUUUACACCGCCGUCGUGUCGGUCUGGGCUGGUUGAGAGAGGGUUCUACCACCUUUCAGACAGCCUAACACCAUGGAAUCUCUGGUGAGAUUUUACUUUGGUCACUGGGAGCUGCAGAUCUCAGUCAGAUAUUAAGCUUUGCCCAGAAGGACUCGAAGAGUCUGUCCAGUUUGUGCAGAAUAUCAUGCUUUUCUCCGCAUAAAUCAGAGGUACAUGUUGCGUCCGCCAUUUUAUAUGCAUCAAAGUGGCCAUUGUCUUUUUAUUGGAGUGUUGCACUUAUUCUAGUGAACUCACCCUUAGCACCGCCAUAGCUCUCAGUAUGAGUAUGGGGGGGGUCACCGCCAGUUCAGAGUGGGGGGGGGAGGGAACGAGCAGCAGGAGGGUCCAGUGCCUGGCACCUCAGGAGAGUGGUUGUCUCUUCGGUCCAGCAUAAGCAAUAGGCCUCACCAUGCCCUCUGGAUUGCGAUGUAACAUGUCUUAUUCACACGCUUUAGGAUAGACUCUGCAAGGCAGGAGAAAAGUAAGUCUCAAACCCUGCCAAACUAGGGCUCUGAGAGGCCAUAAGCCCAGGAAAGUCGGUGGCUGGGAGAGGAACCCUCACAGAAGGCGUCCAGCCGCCAUGCAGGUUAGUCCCGCCCCAAUCUGACUUUCUUGCUAAUCACUCAAAAUUACUGCAUUCGGCGUGCAGAACGUCCAUAGGAAAGCAUUGAGAAAUGCUUUCCUAUGGGCGUUUUUAAUGCGCGCGGCUCUGGCCGCGCAUUCCGUUCCACUCGGGAUCGGACGUCAGCGGGUCACCAGCACCGAGGGAGCCCGGCACUGGAUUUAAGUAAGUAGCUGAAGGGUUUUAAACCCAGCGGGAGGGGGACCCUAAGGGUAGGGGGGACCUAAGGGUUAUUGUCACGAGUGGCGGUAUGGAAACCGGGACCCCUGAGUGCCUGAGGAGUCUCCAGCGUGGAAGUGGAUUAUCAGGGCCUGGUGCAGGGUAACCACACGUCCUCUGGCGUUGAGCACCAGCGCUUGCGCGGCCACAUACCAGAACCCUGAUGCAGCUACAGCGGAUCCCAGGAACUAGGAGCUUGAUAUGAAGACCUCCCAGGAACUGGAUAGGGGUGCUCUGCAGCAGACAUGUAUCCAGUACAGAAACAAGGCAAGGCUAGGAUAGUCACCAAACAUGAAAACAAGACAGAACUAAUAGAACCCAGAACCAGAGCAGGAUAGAAAGCAGAACCCAGAACAUCUACACAAGACAUGAGGAAAACAAGAACAGGGGCAGGACAGGACUGUACAUGAACUGGGAUUACAAAAUAAAACAAGACAAGAUAUAAUAGGCAAAAAAAGAGGAGACAUAACUAAGCAAAUUAAUACACUGCCCCCUCCUUCCCCACAAAUUAAUACACUGCCCCCUCCUUCCCCACAAAUUAAUACACUGCCCCCUCCUUCCCCACAAAUUAAUACACUGCCCUCUCCCUUCCUCAAUUUAAUACACUGGCCAGCUACCUCCCUUCCCCAAAUUAAUACAGUGCUCCUUCCUUCCCCCAGGGGAGGCGGGCGGCAAAUGUAAUCCCUGCGCCACAAGUUUGACAUGCUUGAUGUUGAUAUUCCGUCUGGUUUCCUGCCCACCUUGACUACACUGACUGAUCCCGGAUUGAGAUUCUACUUGUUGAUCCAGCCCAUUCCUCAAUCCACUACUCUACUCACUCUCGUCUUUCAGUUGCUGAAGUAGACCGUUCCUCCUUUUUGCCUGAUCUCUGUUUUGGGAUCCGUGUUGCUGAACCUGCCUGGUUCUGCUUUGAGAUUUAUUUAUUUAUUUAUUUAUUUUAAUUUAUUUUGCUUUUACAAGUAAAACUUCUUAGAAGGUUAACAAUAGAUAGAUGAAAACAUGAAUAAUGUGUAACAUACAUCAUGGAAAAUAAAAUUUUGUCAUAAGAAACAGCACAUAGGUUAUGCAUUUUUACACGUCACUGGAUCUAAACAAAGGUGUAUUUAACAGUUUCUUGUACUGGUCUUGUCACUUUUCAUUCUCUAAUUUUGUUUAUUACUUGGGUUAAUCUAAGUUGCAAGAACCGAUUUAGUUUCCUUCUAUUUUUUCUCGCUAGUCUCUUGCUUGAUUACACUAUGUAGACUCCCUGUCAUCCUCAUGUUGAGUUCAUUUUAGUUUGGUAUACUCGUUUCACUUAUCUCCUCCCAGCCCCUCUACUGACUCCCUCUACUGCCCUUUAUGAACCCUGUUUAGAUUUGAGGAAUGACACCCAAGGUUCCCAAGUGUCCAAGUAUUGGUUUGAUUUGCCCAGUGCGGACAUUCUAAGUUCUUCCAUUUUAUGAAUGUUGUCUAUUUUCUUAUACCAUUCCCUUCUAGAGGGUCUUUUGUUUGUUUUCCAAUGUCCAGCUAUUACCGAUUUUGCCGCUGUUAAUAAGUAAUAUAGGAGUGAACGUUUGAAUGUAUUCAAGGAUCCUUUGAGAUUUAUAUCUAUUUGAUUUACUGAAUGUGCUUGGUGUAUCAGUCUUCAGCCAAGUUUCAGCAACCAAUAUUAAUCCAAUCACUUGACCUGGGGAUGAAGGUUGCUGUUGGGAUAAUACCUCAAUUUACACACCCCACUCAAUUUACACUCUUUCUUCCUUAGACUCCUCUCUGACCUCUCGUCCAUAUAGGUUUAACUGGACACUGUGUACAUUCUACACACACUGUAUUUAAUGUCCACCUAAGCACUUUCCAAUUCCUUUCAGUGGGCUUCCUGUAGGCCAUGCCUCUCGUGCUCGGGAUAGGGCUUUCCACAUCAGCAUGAAAGGGCUUCACUGCCACUCUCUUAAGUCCUCCAGAAUGUCCACAUUCCUUUAGCCAUUAUCCACUACCCCUAUUGUGUAAACCUAGCAUAGAGAAAAUGAACGCCUUGACCAGUUUAAUAAGUCAAAAUGUGCUCGGAAAUAGAGAACAAAGCUACUCCCAUGGAGGAUUGUACUGAAAACCUCGAACUUAAAGGAACACUCCAGAAACCUAAAGCACUUUAGCUUGCUGAAAAGCUUUAUGUGUUAAGAUUGUGUCUUUUUUCUUUUCAUUUUCAAAAUCGUGCAGAUUAAACUGGUAACACCACCUGGCUUUUCAAGCGGACAUCAGGUCCUCUUACUUCCUGGUUUGGUUAGCUGAGUGGAGCUAAACUCAAGAGGCAGCAACUGCCCAGAGCACCUGCCUUGCAAUGACUUCUCAUUAGCUGCAUUGGGAAGUCUGUGAUUGGACAGACACAGAAAGUCUGGGCGGGGCUAGAAGGGGAGGGUUUGCAUUGGCUGCAGACAAGAGAACUGCAAAUUUUACAACUUGUUUUUUAACCCCUUAAGGACCAAACUUCUGGAAUAAAAGGGAAUCAUGACAUGUCACACAUGUCAUGUGUCCUUAAGGAGUUAAAAUAUCCCCAUUGAAAAUAAAAUCCCUAAGUACACCCAUACAUAUUUUCAUAGGGUUUAUAUCUACUAAACAAUUAUUUUUCUUGUUUGGGCACUGUCACUUUAAAGUUAAUAAACGUGAAAAUGUAUACAGUUCAUUCAUCCGGACAAAAUAUCCAUAGGCAUGUCUCCCAGCACCAACAAUUUUGCAGCAUGCAUUUUCCAAGUACAGUGGGACCUCGGUUUACAAAUGCCUCGGUUAACAUAAUUUUCGGUUUACGAAUGAAAAUCCAUUGAAAAUAAUGCCUUGGUUUACAAACUUUUUUCGCAAUACAAAGCAAGUUUCCCCAGGAUGCAUUGUGCCUGGGAGGUUUAUAGCACCGCCCCGUGCAUGCUGGAGUCUGUGGGUAGCACGUGGCGUCGAGUUAUGGAGGUGUUGGAGCGGCUUUUGCAUCGAGUUUUGGAGCCAUUCUGGAAAUUGUUUGCAGUGGUUUUGGGACCUUUUGGGGCAUUUGGAGCUGAGCUUCGUCGUUUGCAUGUGUUCUGCAUUGUGGGUUGGUUUCCAUGCCAGCUCAUUUUGACUUUUUUCUGACCUCCAGAACGGAUUAAUUGGUUUUCAAUGCAUUUCUAUGGGAAACCGUUUAUUUUUCGCAAUAAGAAACGUCCCGGAGAACGCAUUAAAUUCGUAAACCGAGGUCCCACUGUAGAUCUCUCAGAAGCCAAAUUAUUUACCUUUGCUAAACAUUAUCUACCAGGGUGUCAAGGAAGGGCAGUAAAGGCUGUUUUGAUGGAGGAUACUUUGGACUUGGCUUUCAGCCCAUUUGGCUGCAUAAACUAUUCCCAGUCGUCCAGCUAUGUAGUGCUUGCUGGUACUGAAAAAGUUAACCCGCAUCACUUGUUCGACUUCAGGGCAAUGUCCAACAAGUAUAAGGACAAGCACAGCUCUCCAGUAUUCUAGAAGUCCUGGAGAUCAGGUUACACAGUAAACAGUCGUAAUCUUUUGUCCAUACCAAUGAAAGUACUUUAAAGCUAUAACAAUGUUGGACUUUAGCUAUACAAUCUGAAACAAAAUCAUUUUUCGCACCCAUGUAGAAUAUUGCUAGGCCAUGUGUUUUUUUUUUUUGUUUUGUGGGGGAAUGGGGGGUGGAAGGCUCCUUUAAUGAGUCUCUUGCGCACUUAGAGGUCAGAUAGGUUUGCUCAGGAGUCAACAUUAUUUUGCUAGCAAUAAUAAAUGAGUUUUAUUUUUUGUAAUUCUCAUUACCUUUUGAGCUAUUUCAGAGAUUGCCAAAUAAGCUUCAGGGGAGAGAGCCAACCGUCCUCUGUUAAUAAGGUAGAAAAAUGUAUUAUGUAUUGUGCUAAUCAGAGAGAUAGAACAUAUACACAUUAACUCUUAGGGCUUUGUUUUUUUGUUUUUUGUAAAAUCUAUUCUAUAAAAUGAUAAAGGAAUUCUUACAUAAAUCAAAAGAAUAGGGGGUUCUAUUUUAAUUUUGUUAAGGCAGGCUUUCUAGGUCUGUCAGCAAUUGCCGAGGUAAGUAAAAUAAAAGCAUAAAUAAUGUGUGCUAAUUAUAGAUGGCAAUUUAUGUAGGUGUUAUUAUACUCGCAUUGCCAUAAUGCAUAAUUUGACGUACCUGCUUUAAGGUAACACUAUGAUGUCAGGAAUACACUAUAGUGUUGGUGUGGCUGUUUAGGUUACCGUUCCUCUCUGAUUGCCCUGGAAAAAGUUGAAUUUACACACCUUUUCUCCCUCGCCGGUCUUAACGCGAAUAGCCCAGUCUGGCUUUGGCUCCCUGAGAUAAGCAGUCUUGACCAUUGGGAGACUAUUGCACCAAUCAGCGACUCCUCAAAGAGAUGCACUGAAUCAUUGGAAUAAAAUGAACAUUCAGUAUCUCUAUAAAGCUUGUGGAGAUGCUGAAUGUAGGUGUUGCACACAGUGCAGCCCUGGACUAGGAAGCACUCUAGUGGCCACCUGAGGUACUGCACCUAGCAGUGUUAUACUAGGCACCAAUGUUUCUCUGAAAAAGCAGUGUUUACAUUAAAAAGCCUGCAGGCACAGACUAUAGACACCAGAUCUACAUUAAGCUGUCGUUGAUCCAGUGACUAUGUUGUCCCUUUAAAUUGAGGAUUUAUGUUUUGACAUUUUCUGUAUGUUGUAGUACUCUUGAGCAGUGGGUCAUGAAGUUAUUGUCUACAUUGUUGCAGAAAAGUCUCCCUUUUUGGCCGUUUGAAGUAUUCGACUGUCCUUUAAAUUUAGCAACCUAAACAUCAUCGCACGAUUCUGGCGAACGAUUCUUGCCAAAAUCUGACCAUCUAUGGUUUUACGGGAAAAGAAAGCUGGCCAAAGUGAUACUAACUGUAACUGAGCUGUUUAUAUGAUUCUAAUUUCUUUUUUUAGCAUCAGAACUUACAUCUACUGUUUGAGUCAAUAGGAUCCACAUUGUGGAAACAAGGUAUUUUAUCCACUUCCUCACACUGCAGGGAUGGUUGAAACCUCUCUCUGUAUGCUGACACUGUCAAAACGUUUCCAUGGCAACUCUCGUUCUUUUCGCAUUCGCGUCCGCAUUAAAUAUAUCCUGUGUACAUCCAGUAUAUAAAGGGUACCAGACUCUGUUAACAUCACUUUGCCGUUUCAAGAUGAAUUUUAGAAUGUUCGCUUCAUUUUUAACUCUUUCAGAGCUGGCACUGUAGUGCUUACCAUUGCAGGCUGACCUGUUAAAUGUUUACGGUAAUUACCUUAGUGGAGGUAACCUCAUAGUACAAAUAUCUCUGUGUGUGUGUGUAGGUAGGAAUGGAACCUCAUAGUACAAAUAUAUCGUGUGUAUAGGUAGGAAUGGAACCUCAUAGUGUGUGUGUGUAUGUGUGUGUGUGUAUAUAUAUAUAUAUAUAUAUAUAUAUCUUGAUAAAGACCCCAGGAGGGUCGAAACGUCGAUUGUCUGUAUUUGCACAGGACAUGUAUUAUUUUAUAAUACAGUAAAGACUAUUUUUUGCCACUCAGAAGCAGUCCUAGUGUGCUCCCUUCACUCUUGAUUAUAUAUAUAUAUAUAUAUAUAUAUAUGUGUUUAUAGGUAGGAAUGGAACCUCAUAGUACAUAGAUAUCUGUGUGUUUAUAGGUAGGAAUGGAACCUCAUAGUACAUUGAUAUCUGUGUAUAUAGGUAGGAAUAGAUAUAUAAUAUCCUUGUCUGUCUGAGAAUAGUAGGAGUUACACUCCCGAGGGGCGUAUCAGCUGCCAUUCUAACAAAUGCUGAAGUAUCCGCUGCCUCUCAAUGUAACUCACUAAUCUUGAACUGCACCCUUUUUAAAGUGCUUUAUUUUUAUGUCUCCGACCAAAACCUCUCAAAUGGUAUUAUUUUUCUCAAUGCACAUUUUGACAAUCUCUCUCUCCUACUGCCCAUUCUCAGCGCAAGCACUUAUAAUAAUUCUCUUGCGCAUUCCGCGUGAUGACACUUUCCUGGUGUCCUACGAUGCAGGACACCAGGGAACAAAAUCGGGUCAGGUGGACUGCUCCUCUGAAAUUGGUACUGUUCGGAGGGACUGCAAAUGUCUCCAGAACCUUUGGAUUAUUUCCCCUACAAAGCUGUAUUCAUUGCACUAUUGCUCCCCCUGUGUCCCCCCUCCGUCUUGCACCCCCCGCUCCAGUGAAUAAAGGAUUAAAACCUUUUAUUUACUUGCCUGAUCCCAGCACCGAUAUCCCUUGGCGCUGGGUCGAAGCUCCUCCUCCUGCUCCUCUCCCGUAACGCGACGAACAGUCUCUAAAGUGCAUGCCCAGCAAAUGCUGUGCCCGUAUUAGAACUCCCCAUAGGAAAGCAUUGAAUCAAUGAUUUUCUAUGGGAAAAAAUCUGACGCUGGAGGUCCUCAUGCAGAGUGUGAAGAUGUCUAGUGUCAGAUACCGAACUAAAGGUCCAUUUCAAACCAGGAAGCACCUCCAGUGGCUGUCUGAUAGACAGCCACUGGAGGCAGACUUAGUGCUGCAAUGUAAACAUUCUCUGGAACCUCAAUGUUUAACAUUGCAGCACUAAGUGCAAUAGGGAGACUGUACUCAGACCACUGUGCCUGGGUGCCUACAAUGUCUUCUUUUUUUUUUUUUUAAUUCUUUAUUUUAUUGUGCAUGAAUAUGACAAUCAGGCUUGCCGUGCCACAACAGCUUGGGCAAACAGAUUAAGACAUUAAUAUACAUAUGAAUGGCACGUGAUAUUACUGCACAUUUUUGUUAAAAUUACUACAUUGCAGAACAAGAAAAAACAGUCUAGGCCUACAGUUGCUAGAAUAUGUGGUGUGAUUGGAGUGUGCUCAGCUAUGCCCUGUUGUUAGUCCACACUGACUGUACUAUAAGUGUACUGUGGUUUUGAGGUGGGUGGUCCAAUGUGUAAGUGAGCAGGCUAUCCGUCUUGUCCCUUGGAUAGGUUAGAUUUAGUUUGUUCACCGUGUGUUGCGCGGUGCGUUCCUAGCCCUAUCAGGUGGAGUUACGGUACAUAUUCGGUAUGCCACUGGGGCACAAUAUAUAAGUGUAUGGCCGGUCAGUGUGGCGGGGGGGGCAGGGAGUUAGCUAGCUAGUCAAUUGUCCCAAGGUGCGGGCUACUGCAGGCAUUAGGUUCUAUUGGGCUAGUGCUCCAGCAGGUAGGUUGUCGCAGCUUUCGAGUGUGUCACCUAGAGAGUAGCCCUCUUGGUGUGCCGUGAUAGCAGCGUUGUGUUAUAGAUGUUUGGUGAGGAUGCAUGCUGGUUCGUGUGCUGUGACUAUUGCUGUGAAGGGGGGGUGUGCUGCUUGGAUUUGGGAGCUGGUUUAUCGUUCCCGUUUGGGUGGAGUAGCUAUUGAAUCGCUCUAGGGCCCCUGAGUUGGUGGGGGGGGGGUAGUCGGGUGGUGUGUCUGGCAAGAAGUGGUGUGGGGACGUUAGUAGGUUAUAGUAGCCGGAUGGCUUUGACUGAACAUGCCUACAUAAAAUUUUAACUUUAUGACUAUGUCAACAUUAAGGGGUAUUAUCGCCUGCCAGUCCUUCGGCACUUCCCUCUACCAGAGGGGUAUUGUGAGCCCGGGUCUGGUUGGGGCGUCUCAUCCUGUGUCGGCUUCAUUGCGAGGUACAAAGGGGACUAUGUUGGAUAUGUCCCAGGAAUGUCCAGGUUUGGCAGUGUCGGGCUUGUGCCGGUUGAGCCCCAGGCUGUGGAGGAAUGGGUCGGCGUCAGCAGCUGAGGUGAGUCGGCGGGUGGUCUCGCCCUGUGUGGCUACGAGUGUGUGGGAAGGGCCCCAUCUGUACUGGAUGCCUGCUUCUCGAAGGGUCUUGGUGACCUGGCUGAUAGAACGUCUCCACUCCAACGUUGCCCUGCAGAGAUCCUGGAGAAAGGUUAGUUGGGAGCCCUCAAAUUUGAGCGGGCUCUUGUUCUUGAUGGCGUCCAUCAGUGCUUGUUUGUCGCGUAGGGACUGGAACCUCAGGAGGACAUCGCGGGGAGCGUCUGCUGGAGCCCUUGCGGACUUGGGGAGUCUGAGUAUUCCAUCUAGUUGCAGGUUCUUCGCCUGUUUGGGGUGCAGGGUCUCCGACAGGAGGCGCCUAAUAAAGUGGGGUAGCUCCGUGUCGUUGACAGCUUCUGUGAUGCCUCUUACUUUUAUGUUGAUUCGUCUCCUAGAGUCGUCCAUCGCAUUGACUCUGGCCUGCAGGGCCUGGUGUGAGCCUUGGAGUUGUUGUAGUCGCUCUGUUGCGUCUGUCUGGCAUUGUGCCAUGGAGGUGAUAUCCUCCUCUGUGGCCUUCACCCUGUCCGUCACGGCUGUUACCUCCUCACGGAGCAGCGCCAUAUCCGUACGGAACCAUGUGCGCAGGUGUUUCAGAAGGCCCAGGAUGUCUCCCUUCGUUGCGGGAGCCCCCAGGUCCCCUAAUUGCACGGCGGAGAAAGGGUCAUCUGCCUCAGGUAUGGCAUCUGGGGAGUCCAGUGGGUCUUCGUCCGAGGAUAGGCCUGGGGAGUCUGGCGCUGCCGCCAUUUUGGUUUUAGGCCUCGCCAGGAAUAUGUCUCCUAUUCGACGCGUGCCGUCGUCCGAGGAUGCUUUCAGCUUCUUUGAUCGUUUCCCCAUAUUGUUGUGCAGGGGUAUGCUUAGUUUUCGGCGGUGCACCGUCUAUUUUGUAGUCGUUAGCUAGGUUAUUUGCCGCUUUCAGCUCGGAGCUCAGCCGACAUGCGACUUCUUUCCAUGAAGGUCAGGCCCCGCCCCCACAAUGUCUUUUUAAUACAUGUUUACCCAUUGUGUAUCGUUUUACAUUACAUGAUAAUUUAAUGCUAGGAUUUGUAUGUGAGGGUUUGUCCUUGGGGUUGUUUGUUAGGAUAGUGUGGGGUUUAAGAGGAGGUGUUCGUUAGUUCUGUAUUAGGAAAUACAGGCCUCGGUGCUGCCCAAGAUUAGUGGCAGUUAUACUCCCAAGCAGCAUCAUUCAGCUCAGGGAAGAUACGGUCACUAUCACUGCAGUGUAGGAUUCCAAAACCUGAUCCGCCCUUUGAAACACACCAAAUUCCUUAAAGGGACAGCCUAAGUACCCACAUUAAUUGAUGUCAUUGGACGGAUUUUAGGAUAUAGAUUCUGACCUUGCAGCCUGUGCUGUUUUUUAUCAACUGCAUUAUUUUACCAUUUUGACUUGCCCACGCCUGCUAGUGGCAGGGCCUUAUGAUAUGCCUUCCAACAGUGGAGGUGGGGUAGGCCAAAUGAAGGGCAUACCGGUGAUGUUUCGGUGACGCGGUGAGGGGACAAGCCUGCUCGGGCAAUUGUGAGUGGGACACCAGCGAACAAACAGAAGCCCAAGUUUGGGUCUGCUCCUCUGCCGUUAUCAGAUAGUUGUGGGCAUACUAAGCAAGCCAAUACAGCUGCUAUUAUGGGGGAUAACUGCUAAAUGUUGGCUCUUUUUAUUUAUUUGAAUGGUAAUUUUCUUAAUGUACUACUUUGCCUCCAAACGCACCAUUUUUUGUUUGAUACAUUUUGGCCCCAUUUGCAGAGAGACAGUGGACCUCUUUGCCUCACAUUCUAAGCAAUUAGCGUUAAUUGUUAUAGUGCUUGGAGAAUCGCAUUAAUUGGGAUCAGAGAAAAACUGGAGAGGUAGAUUCUCAAAUGAGAACAUUUUGAUUUAAUUUCACAAAAUGCCAUCAGACACAUUUUUAUUGCCAUUCCAGGAAUGCUUUUUAACCACCUCCUUGGUAAUUUAAAUGUUGGUCAUAUGGGAACAGACUUAAAGAUUUUGAGCAAAUGACAGGCUAGAGAACAGCGCCACCUAUGGAUUCAUGAAAUAAUGCAACAUCAGAAUCAUCCUUAAAGACGAAAUACUUACUUUUGUCUUAAAGGUUUGGAUUUUCGACAUAAAACAAGGUUGUGGCGGCUUACUUGCCAAGGACUCCGUUUCCGUCAGUGAAUAUAGCUCAUAACAUGUAGCUUAUUGAUAACACCCCCUCUAUUACCCCUCCAAAUAGCGCUCUGAUAGGUGACUCUGGGACCAGGAGCGCCCUCGACAAAUUUUUACCAGACUUCGCCAACUCCGAAAUCCGAUCAUUAUUUCCAGAGGGUUUGUGGGUUGCUCCCGGUCAGGCUCGCCGUGCCUCUGAUUUUCAUGCCGGUCUGUAACGGCUCCUGGUCCACUGGAAAGGUCGCUGGGCUUUGAGGCAUGGGCUGGAAAGGUUAAUGUGGGGAUUAUAGUCCUUUUUAGAAGGAGGUGGUGGUUGGGGAAAUGUACCAGUCCAGGGUGACUGGGUGGUCUGUCACAAAUGUGUGCUUUCUGUAUGUUAAAUUGAAUAAGAAAUAUAUUCUUCAUUACUGUACGUUAUUAAAGGAUUUAUCCAUAAAAUAAUGAGUUAUGGAACAAUGACAAGUGAGUUGUAGAAUGUAGGACUAUAUAUUUGAGUUGAAAAAUCGAGUUUUGGAAUUAUUAUUUAUUUUUUUUAUUUUUUUCUCAAUUCUUUAUUUUUGCAGUGCAUAUGGGUUGAACAGAUAUGCGUGUGGUACCCCAACGGCAUUCCGCACGCUAGUUCCAUUACAAUUAUAACAAUGGGGUAUGCAAUAACAGUGCCCAAAUUUUUAAGUAUAAAGGUUGUCGUUUAACUGCACUUAUUUUGAGUACAAUGUUAAGUAACACAAUCAGCUUAAAUAAGCAACUUGAGAGAGUGUUCAAGCUUUAAGUAGGCUUGUUCGGAAUAUUAACUAGUUGCUGGCGUCACCAAUCGUGUAUAUAUGAACAUUCCAGUGUGCACUACAGGCUAGUUCUAAGUGCUGACUUUGCAUUCGCUUGCUAUGCGUUUACAGGUUAUUACAGUUAAGGAGUAACGUAGAUGGGCAACAAGCCUAAACGAAAACAAAACAUUUCGGUCUAAACCUACGUUCUGGGUGUUUCCAUAAUGUGUGUAUACACAGAGAUUUCCGUGAGUCAUAUUAUUUGCUAGGCGGGAUCUGGGUUAGGAUAAAACCGCCAGAUCAUGGCACGGUAAGAGUAAUAUUGAAGGUCCCUUGUCCCUUGCGUCCCUAAUAUUAUUCUGCUGCAGUGUGAUUUUUCCACAGGAAUAUACCCGGCUGGAAGCACAGUGAAGCAGAAACAGGAUUAUCAGACAUGCAUUCGUUAUUCUGGCUUUCUACGCUGCGGCUAGUAUGUUAUCGAAUAGAGGUGACUAAGACAAGUGAGGAUAAUAAAACGCUUAACAGUUUUAGAUUAUCUACGCUAGUGUCGGUAAGGUGUUUUAUCAUAGUCUAUGCGUGAUCGGUUUGUGAUAGAGACCGUCCAGACAAGCAUGGCAGCUGCUGCGUGGGGCUAAGAUGUCUUACGGUAACCUGUGAGAUGUCUCUUGCUGAGUCCGUGCACAUGAUGGUCUGUGCUUGUCUUUGUGUUAGCCUGGCAUUAUCCAUAGUCCACAGUCCAUAGUGAAGUAGCAACGAAAAUGUUUUAUAUCUCCGGCAGAGUGAGGUAACGAUCCCUGUGCCCCUGGCAGGGUCUCAGGCCUUGGGCCUCUGAGCGUAGCAAUCUGGUUCGCCUCACCCGAUGCCUUUCCUAGUGGUUUUUGCCUGCGUGGCAGGGCCUGCGCCCCAUCGGGGUCUCUUCCUCGGUGGGUUGCAAAAGGGCCAUCCACCGGUUUCUUCCACCUGCAGAUGCUUUUGCCGUGACCUGGUCAGUCACACAGCAGGCUUUAUGAGCAUCCCCUCGCGGGGCUGCACUUUGCUGAUUGAGGGUUGGUGGAGUGGCUUGGUGGGAGGUUGGUCGGGUGUGUCGGCAGGCCCUCCUCUGGGGUUUGUAAUCAAGAGUGUGGUUAUCUGAGGGCCCCGGCGCUGGUUCCCGCCAUGAUGAGCUUUGGCUUUGCUUCCAACGGGUAGCCGCUUGGGAGUUACAGGGUAGGAUCCCCUGUAGGAGACGCCGGGUAGCUGGGCGGAUCCACGUCUUCGCCUCCCUCAGUGCUAGCAUGUAGAUUCGUCUUCGGGCUUUGAACUUCGCCCAGAAGUAGGUGCUUAGCCGGCUAACGAACUCCGACGUGUGCAUGGGUGGCUUAGGAGAUAUUCGUUUGGCCAGAGGUUGCGUCUGAGCCGCCAUCUUAGCUAGGCCUUGUUUGUCCCGUUUGGCUGGAGAUUUUGUCGCUUGGUCAGGCGAUAGUAUGGGGAUGAUCGUCCCCAGCGAGGACCGGGAUGUCCCCCACCGGUCCAGAGGGGGGGUGGGGGGUAGCAGGGCUGUAGUGGGCUCUUGUUUAUGAGCUCGUCCCGUGUCAGGAGAGCGGCCGACUCCCCCGGACCUCAGGCUUUGCUCAGAAGUAGGCCGCAUGGCCGGUAGCGUUUUUUCGGCAGUGUACCUGUGCCGGACUAGUACCAUUUUAUUCAGCAUGUUGUUCUGAGUCUGUUCCCGGUUACUCUGUGCCGCUUAUAUGAGCAUGUUGCUCGGUUUUGGCUCGCUUGUGCCCGUUGUUGCUGGAGCUCUUAGGAAGUGCCACCGGCCAUCUUGGCUGUCAGGCUCCGCCCCGCUUUUGGAAUUAUUUUCUUUCAACUCUGCUUUCUUCUACAUUUUGCGCGCAUGUACUGCUUCAAUUAUUUUUGCAUUUUAUGAAUGAAUGCACAUCGAGGAGAGCAAUACAGAAUAUAUCCUAUUUUAUUAUUUUAUUAACAUAAAUUUUAUUUUAAUAAAAAUGAUUAUUUUAUUAAAAAAAUGAGUCUAUAAAUGAACACAAAUAUUACUUGAAAAGGCACUUUAGCAUGGAAAAACACAAGACAGCGUCAGGAUUUUAUCAUCACGUUCGGUUUCCUGUAGUCAGUUAGGUAUUUCCAUGGUAAAUUCUCUCAAUCAGAUGAAUAAUCUUGUCUGGGAAAUGUGUUUAGGGAUGUUAGAAUAGACGCGUGGAUUGAAACUCAGAGAAAAGGAAGUGCCUGCUUAAGAAUUUCAAUUUGAAAUUGAAAGAAAUUCUGCAUUAUUUUAUGAGAAAUCAUUAACGCAACCACUCUUCAAGGAAAAGAGACUUAAUUUACGGAAUAAACCACAAACAGGAAUUGGACUACUCUUAUUACCCUUCAGUUCACACAAGUGACCCACUAGCCUAAUUAUUGAGUUACAGUUUAGCAAUGCCCAGAUUACAAUAUGUGACUGAAUAAUCUACUAAAACAAUUUAGAAACUCCUGAUAAUUGACACUCUCUAACCAGUAGACAUACAAGAGAACAAAUUCGGAGGGCACCAUGGUGGAUAACACAAUUAAAGGGCUGUCUUUAUUCUAAACGAAAAGAUAUUGAAAACACCAAUCACUCAAACAUUUCGACCAUAGCUUUAGUCAGGGCCGGACUGGGAAAAAAAAUUCGGCCCAGUCAUUUUUUUAAUCACAGUGGCCCACUGACAACCAUGCCCCCUCUCAAAGUGAGCAUGUUGGUUCAAUGCUCUUCCAGGGCAGACCAUGCGUAGAGCUCUACUGAAGAGCUCUAGCAUGAGGAAAAAGCCCUGUAUUUGUUCUGCACAGUGCAAGCAAAUUUAAUAACAUACUUACACUGUGUUUCCUUGAAACUUGUCUCUGGUGUCUCCAUAAAUGGGGGACCAGGAGACAAAAGGGCCAAGAAAGUGUAUUGUGCAUGUGUUUGGAGCCGUCUUGUGGUAUUGUGUGUGUGUGUGUAGAGUGAGCUGAUUGUGGUGUGGUAUAGUGUUAAUAGGUUGGUUUCAGUCGUGUUGAGUUUUUGGUGUAAAGUGUGUCUAGGUGCUGUAGAGAGAGUGUGUGUGUGUGUGUGUAUGUGUAUAGAGGAUGUAAGGAGUGUGUGCAUACAGGCUGUAGUGUGUGUAGGGGUUGUAGAGUGUGUGUGUUUAGGGAAUGUAGUAUGUGUUUGCUUACAAGGAAUCUAGUGUGUGCACAGGGGAUCCAGAGUAUGAAUGUCAGGAAUGUAAUGUGUGUGUGUAGGUGGUGCAGUGUGUGUGUGUGUGUGUAUCUCUCUCUCUCUCUCUCUCUAUAUAUAUCUAUAUCUAUAUCUAUAUAUAUAUAUAUAUGAUCCAGAGUGUAUAUAGGAGAUCUAGUAAGUGUGUGUCUGUGUAGAGGAUUCAGAGUGUAUAUAGGGACCUAGUGUGUGUAUGUGUGUAGAUGAUCCAGAGUUGGGUAGGGGAUCUAGUGUGUGUCUGGAAUGUAAUGUGUUUAAGGGUGCAGUAUGUGUGUGAGGGAUUCUGUAGUAUAUAUACAUAUGUUUGGAAGUAUUGUGUGUUGGGGGUGGGGGUCUGUGUGUGUGGGUGAGGGGCAUGCUAUGAGUUUUCAAGCCAUUUGACAAAACAAACAAGCGUGUUAUCCAGCGCCUGGAGUCUGCCCUCUGUGCUGCGGCCUGGUUACUGCAGAAGGGGGCUUCUGUAAUAGUGUGUCCAACUUUGAUAGCAAUGAUGGUCUGUUGGUGGUCCAUAUAACUCAACAGCAAAGUGUCAUUUAGAAAGGCUUGGAAAUGCAGUCUGCGCAGUGUAAUCUGAGCUGGAGGAUGUAACGUGACAAUGUUUCAAACCAUUAGAGAUCCUACGAUAAGUUCCAUCACCAUUCAAAUCAAAUGAAAUGAUGAUUGCUUGUUUUACUGCAGAACCAUUGCAAUUUGACCUACCAAGCACUCAAUAAACCCUUCGGUAACAAACUAUUUAAUUCCCCUACUUUAACCCUUUGUGUCACUAUACCCCACUCCCUCUAGCAUGUAAGCUCAUCGAGCAGGGUCCUCAACCCCCUCUGUUCCUGUACGUCAGUGGUCUGAUCUCAAUUAUGUGUCUGUUAGUCCACCCAUUGUACAGCGCUACGGAAUUUGUUGGCGCUAUAUGCAUAAUAAAAUAAUAAUUUGCACAGUCAUUACAUUAUCUGGAAUAUAUUAAUGUUUCCUUAUUACUGCUAAGGAGUGGGUACAUGCAUACCCAGCUGAAUGUUAAAGAGAUGUUUGCUUACACUCGAUUGGUAUCUUUCUAUAGAACUUACCGUGGGAUGGAGAGUUUAUUUUGGCAACUGGUGCUGGAUUUUCUGCUUCCUCUAAAGAAGACCCGGAGUGUGAUCCAGGUGAGCACGUCAUCAUGCUGAACUCUUUACAUAGGGUAUAGCAGGGUGCGUUUUUCUUAAGGGCCAAACUUCUGGAAUAAAAGGGAAUCGUGACAUGUCCCGCAUGUCGUGUCCUUAAGGGGUUAAAGCGGAUGGCCUUUUAGCUUCCUUUUCAAAUGAGUAAUGAUUUAAGAAAACUUGCUGCUGCAAACGGACUACUCGUAUUUGAGUUCCAAAGAACACAGGAACGCCAAAGACUGUAAACGUUAAUCUAGACCUAGGGGGACUUUGGCUAGUAACUACUAGAGGUUUUUGUAAUUGAUGGAAUGUGAAAGAGAAGGAAUCCGUAUCACAAAAACAAUAAAAUGAAUACAGUACAGCUAAACAUGUAUUAAGUCAUGUCCUCUCACCGUGUGUGGGACGAUGUACAGAAUUGUAUAUAAAAUGCAACAGUGUACAAAUGGUACGAGAGGCUGACAUUUAGAAGAAAGCAUUAAAGGAUGUAUUGUGAUUUUAUUAUUUACUAAGCCGAUCAGUGACUCCCCCAUUCACAAAACUGGCCUGGGAAGAAACUUACCUUUUCCAAGCCAGUUUAACCCCUUGAGGUAAGAGUGUUCCUGGUGGCCUCCUGGCACCAUAACAACUUUAUUUAGAUUAGGUUGUUAUGGUGAUUACAGUGCCUAAACUGUCCCUUUAAACCCCCACAGCUUAGUGUUUCUUUUCUGCCCACCUGCAAACUCUGUUUAGGAGUAGAGCCAGAUUAAGGAGGCCAUGUAGGGCCCAGGCUCAGACAGGGGCCUCCUAACUCUGGCUGUAAAGAGGCCCUCCCUAAGCUGGCAGAAUGAUCAAUAGACCUCUCUAGUUGGCUCUGUGCCCCCUCACUACCUCGAAGGAGCAUUGUGGUCUGAACCAAUAUCUGGUGUAGGCCACUUUAAGAUCUCGUCCGGGUUCCCGGACGCUUCUCAAUGACCCAGGAGCCACAGCCAGCUCUCUGUGGCAUUGACAGAGUGCCGGACCACAAGGGAGCUCUUAAAGCAGUCUGCACACGAUAACCAGGUGCAGAGCACAAUGUGCCCUCACUAGACCUCUAGGGAUCCUUCUCAACCUCCACCAGACAAACAGGAAAAUUCUGUCUUCUGGACUAGAAACUUUAUCAAACUAAAUGGCUUUUAAACGUACAGACAAAAUGAAGUAGACAUAACCAAAGUUGUUGCUUUUUUUUUUUACAGGUUCAGAAAUCCAUUUCCGUGACCCAGAUCAAUACCAGUGGUUUGACCCUACGUUGUGGUAUUCAUCUCUUUCUGACAAUGAUAAAUCCCUGUUUUCGGUGGAUUCUGAACGCGUCCCGUGUCAGUACGAUGAUGUUAUCUUUUCCCCCGAAACAUCGUUCAAAGUCAACGCCAUGGCAACAGAAGCAACAAUUAACCUGAAAAGUAUUUCUGUACUUGGAAAGGUAUGAAGAAACUGAAUUAUAUCUAGUGACCAUGCAAGUAGCCCAUGUUUGUCUACAGGUUGACAUUUCAAUGUUCAAUCCUUAUAAUUUGGAGAUUAAAGUACGGUUAGUCACUAAAGUGAGAUUUCAAAAUGAAUUUAAAAUUUAAGGCCAAAAUCGCAGAAACUGCUACAAUUUCUAAGUCAGCUAUGCUUUCGAUUUGGCUCCUCUGGCCUUAAAUUUGAAAUUGACUGGAUUCUCAUUUUAGCAAAUAACACUGUCUUUUUUCUCACCUGAUUUAACCAUUUAAAUAUGAGGUGUUUGCCCUAGUGGUAUCAGAUGUAGUCUGUAAAUUUUCCCAAAAUACAACUUCUGAGGGGGGGUGAAAAAAUGGUUAAAUAAAAAGUGUCAAAAUACUUUGUUACAUACCUGCAAGAUGUACUUUCUACAAAUAUAAACUGUUUGUAGCAGUUUUAGAAUCUGUGAUUAUUAUUGAAGUUGUAAUCUCAGUGUGCCAAAUUUGGCAAAGUUUUAGCUUUAAAACCGUAUAUUCACUCCUUGCAGUAUUUGUUUUAGAACUUCUAAAAAUGAAUUGAUAUACUAUACAUCGUUUUUUUUUUUGUUUGUUUUUUACACUUGGUGUGUAGAAAUUAUUACAUGUAAACUGAGAAGAAAAAGGUGUUUUGUUAUUUUGUGGGAGGAGCUGUCCCAUCCCCUCAUUCUUCAUUUUUAAAAAUAUAUUAUUCCUAUUUAAAUGAACACUAUAGGGUCAGAAACACAAACAUGUAUUCCUGACCCUAUAGUGUUAAAACCACCAUCUAGCCCCACAGGCUGCCUAAAUAUACUAAAAUCCUACUUUUACCUUUACCAGUCUGCUGCUGCUGGCUCUGCUCCUGAUCUGCCUGCUUGAAAGACAUCAUCAGAAGUGGUGGUCUGAGCCAAUCACAAUGCGUCCCCAUAAGAUUGGCUGAGACUGUGAAGGAGGCAGAUCAGGGGCACAAGCCAAACACAGGCCUGGCCUAUCAGCAUCUCCUCAUAGAGAUGUAUUGACUCAAUGUAUCUCUAUGAGGAAAGUUCAGUGUCUGCAUGCAGAGGGAGGAGACGCUGAAUGGCAGUACUGCACAUUGUGCAGCACUGCCCCAGGAAGCACCUCUAGCAGCCAUACGAGGAGUGGCCAGUGGUAUCUCUAGACUGUAAUGUAAACACUGCAUUUUCUCUGAAAAGACGUAUUUGCUGCAGGGACUGACUAUACUCACCAGAACAAAUACAAUAAGCUGUGUACCGUGCAAUAAGCUGUAGUUGUUCUGGUGACUAUGGUGUCCCUUUAAUAUUUUGUGUUAUGUAUACAUAUAGGGUAUCAAAAGAAAGCCCUGUUUCUCCUUUAAAUGAUAGAUAAUAUGUACGGUUGCUCUUAAACAGAAACAGAGAAAUCGUGGUACAAUGUGACCAAGGCAUUUUUGUUAUUUUUGCCAAGCGUUCAAGCACAAUGCUGUUCAAAAAAGCCUUGGUUCUGAACUGUUUCAGCAUUAAAAACAGCUGCUUAACCCCUUAAUAGAUGUAAAGCUAAGGGAUUGUUUUUUUCCUUGUAGGGCAGAGCCUUCUCUAUCUGCCGACUGAACGAAAAACAGGUUGUUUAUGAAGUGUGAAAAUUUAAAAUGUAGUUCCAGCUUUUGAACGUUAGAGGGAGUAGAAUAUCAGGUUAAUUUAUACAUUAUAUCAUUAACAUUUGUGUACACGGCAGGUUUGGUUGUAAAUAAAUGGCAGCACUUAAUGUCAAACAGGGCAUUCCAUAACAGUGAGACAAUAAGACAAAUUAAAAAAAUAGUCUAUUACUUCUACUUUAGGCUAAUAACAUGCAUUUAAUUUGCAAUGUGUACUCAUAUGUUGCAGAGCUGAAAUUUAGUGGCUCACCAUCCUGCAAAUGAAUAUCUAAAAAUAUAAUUUUAAUAUAGUUGUUAUGGUGCCAGGAGGUCACUGGUGCCAUCUUACCUUAAGAGGUUAAAACAUUAACAAACAGUUUAACCCCUAACAUUUCGGGGGGCCAGUCACUGUUCCAAUUAACUUUUUUUAAGAGGUCUUUGCGACACUGAAAGGAUGAGAGCAAUGGCUGACAGCGCCCAGUCCGAGUCUUCCCGACUGAAGCAGAGCAAAUGGGUGCUGUCUUAGAAAGUUUGAGGUUAAAGGGACCCUCCAGGCACCCAGACAACUUCUGCCCAUUGGAGUGGUCUAGGUGCCAACUUCCAUCACCCUUAACCCUGCAAGUGUAAUUAUUGCAGUUUUUAUAAACUGCAAUAAUUACCUUGCAGUGUUAAGUCCUCCUAGAGGGACGUCCGGGUUCUUAAAACACAAAAAGUGUUUAAAACGACGCUGAACGUCCUCACGCUAUGCAUGAGGACCUCCAGCGCAUGCGCAAUAAGUCUCCCCCUCCAGCUGACGUUGGCAGGGGAAGAGCGUGGGUGGAGCCUGACCCAGCGCCGAGGGACAUCGGUGCUGGAUUCAGGUAAGUCACUGAAUGGGGUUUUAACUCCUUAAGCAACAUUGGAUGGGGGUGGGAGGAAGAGGGACACUGCAGGAAAACGGGCACCGGAGAGUCCCUUUAAACUGUUAAUGGUUUUAACCCCUUGAGGUAAGACGUCGCCUGGGACCUCCUGGCAUCAAAACUACUUAAUUCCAAUGAAUUUAUUAUGGUGCCUGGAGUGUUCCAUUAAGAGAAUGUCAGAGCAGUAUUCAACAUAUGGGGCUUGUUGAUCAUUAAAUGAACAGUACAGGCUUUGGUUAUGGUGUUAGAAGGGACCUGGCAUCCUCCUGGAGCAAUCUGUCAAACUAUUUUAAAACAGUUUGACAACCUACCUAGGAUCCCUUCCAUAAAAAGUUUUAUGUGGAAUGUUGUUGCCUCCGAUGCAGGUUAUCUUCUAAAAGAGGAAACAACCCACUGCUGCAAAUCUCCUUUCAGAAAUACUGUAAAUGUACAAUACAACUCCAUUCAUUUCAAAGUGAUAACUUUGCUUCUAAAUAUUUAGCAAUAAACAAAACAAAAGUUACAUGUUAAUAACCGUCUCCAGUUCCAUUUCUUUCCUAUUCACCAUCUUCUGCAAACUAAAACCAACUUUUUUUCACCUUAUUUUCAAGUCCCGUUAUUCGGACUAAUUCUCCUUUCGCCUAUAUCUUUUCUAAACGAUUUUUCCACCAUAAGGAUGCACGGUAUACGCAGGGCGUAAAUAAUGAGGAGUGUAUUAUUCCCUGGAUGUUCAAUCUCAUAAAUAAAAAUCUAUAAUUUCACUGAAUUAUCUAUGACUGGGGAACAUAGGCAUGCGCAAGGGGUGUGCCUACCUUCUAAACUUAAUGCAAACAUAAAAAUGUAAAAAAUGCUAAAUUAAAAUAUAUGACAACACGGCAGUUAUUUAUUUAGUGAUAACAAAGUGUGUGUUAUUUUAGGAGAGAGGAUGACAUAAUUUAUAUUGACAAAAUGUUCUGAUAGAGAUCCAAAAUGGGCAAAGGAGGAUGGUUUGACCUCGCACUAGGGUGACUGGGCAGGCCCUUGGCACACCCAUGUUCUCCAGUCAUGGUAGUUAAGUGAAAUCAUUUUUAUUUAUGAGCAUAAACAUCCUGAUAAUGUUAUUACACUGUGUUACACUGGCGUGUAAUGAGUUAAUUAGUAUUAAAAAAAAAAACCAUAAAAAUGACAGUUAUGUUAACAGUAUGUGAAACGAGAUCCAUAAUCACUGUCCCAGUGCACGGCAUCACCCAGAAACCCAAAGCGUGUUUUUGCGCGACUGAUUUCAUGACUCACCUGUGAGACGUAGACAAGUCAACACAGGUAGAAAAUAUAUACAGUAACUCAGAGGAUAGGUAAUCAAAUGGCAGCCUUCCAAACAAUUAGAACAAAUUCGAGACAUACUUGCUAACAAUUGUAACUCGUGGAAAAACAAAACCGACAGUAGUCUUGUUUCGACAGGUGGAAACCACUAACUCCGUUUGAGAAGGUAGAGGGGGUGGAGUUAUAAAUGUGUUCUGUAGAUGCUAACAAAAUAAAAUGAAGCAAAACUGUAAAAAGUGGCGCAGUUACCAUGGAAACAAAAUUAUAUGAAUUCUGUUGGCUCUCGUAAUGAUUACAUCACUUGUACAACUCCACCCAUUUUUUAAUUAAAUUAAACUUGUGUAAGUGCGCCUUCUCCAUGUAGAAACAUGCCCAUAGAAGGUCUGUUUCCCCAUUUUGAGGCUUUUCUUUGUGCAGAUAUUAUUAUUAAAUGUAACUUGUAACGUAGGCACUGAUAUUAUUAUUAGAUGUAACUUGUAAUGUAGGCAUUGUUGCUGCGUGAACAUAUGGAGCAUUGAGGGGCUAUAUGUCCCCUUCAUUAAUUACAGAAAGAUCCCUCCAAUACCAGCCCCUAGUUACUAAUGCAAGCAGGGUCUCCCGUCCCCGUAGUAUGUGCAUAUAAAUUACUUUCAAGCCUCACACCUAAAAAUGGGUUUUUAUUUGCUCAAUACAUCCUUUCCAGCUGAUGCCUUUGUACCUUUAUCCUGUAACCAUACAUAGGCAUCAUAUCAUCAAAGUGAAAACGGUGACUUCACACAAAAUUAAUGUCUGGACAAACAGAAACUCUUAAUUGCUCAGAGCAAUAUGUUUGCAUAGGCCGUCAAAUUGCUCUCCAAAGUCUGUCCACCGUGGCUUGAUGUUUAACUUUGAAUGUUUGUUUUUUUUGUCAUCUUUUCAUUGUACGUUAGACAUUUACCACUGAUGAGGAGUUUUCUUAUCACCUUCAGUCAAACACUGGAAAACUGCAGUUCCCUGGAUCUCCCCGGAUGCACAUCACAAACACACCGUGUGGAGACCAGACCGGCUGUGAAUGUGGCAACACUGCGGUGAGAAUUGUCUGUUUAUUAGAAAAUAAUGAAUGAAUGAAUGUCACUCGAUCCCUGAAACAGGAUCUUUAAUCUUAUCAGCGUGUUUUCAUGCAAACUACAAUUUUUUUAUAUUUCUUUUAAAGGUGCUUCGAGAAAUCUGUUCUGCUCUUCAGCGUACGGAGGGGAUAUGUCCCAAUCUACCAUGCCCACUGCCUCUGCUUCCAGCUGGACGUUGCUGUCAAAUAUGUGGUGAGUGCCAUUGAUGGCUGUAGUGACGUACAACAAUGACAUCACAGGAGUCUGAGCAGUCAUGUCAUAUAGGUAAUCUGGGGCGACAUCUGACAGCAAAAACUAUGACUUGACAUCCUAAAAAGUACAAAUGGGAUAACUUAGAUGUGAAGAUAGUUUUCAGCAUAGGAUUAUGGGAACUGUAGUUCCUCAGCAGCUGAGGAGCUACAUGAUGCAUGCAGGUGGCCUACAUUAUGUAAUAAGUGAUGCAAAUCUUUCUGCCUCUUUUGAUUGUAGGAGCCAUAAUAAAUCUGGAGCACAUGUCUACAUUUAACUUUGAAGAUUAUCGCACUCAUCUUGUCCAGACCUACCUUAACCUGGUAUGAUAACAUUUUAUUUACCCAUUUACUGCUAAACAAAGAAAAGAGUGCAAUAUGGUUUCCUUUUCUGUUUUUGCAUCAAUCAAGGAAUAAUUUGUAGCGGUCAUAGCUUUCUUUGCAUUCCUAUGAAUCUUCGAAAGACAGUAUAAACACCAAAACAACUUCAGCUUAACCCCUUAAGGACCAAACUUCUGGAAAAAAAGAGAAUCAUUACAUGUCACACAUGGCAUGUGUCCUUAAGGGGUUAAUUGACUGGUUUUGGUGUCUAGAUCUAAUUGCUUAAUUCUCUGCCAUGUAAGAAGUUACAUCACUUUGUUUAUUCAGCCCUAGCUACACCUCCUCUGCAUGUGAUCUACACAGUCUCCCUACACUUUCCCGUCAGAUCUAAUGUUCCCUUAAUGCACAGUUUGUUUAAUUUAUCUCCUGCUCUGUUAAUAGCCUUCCAGACUCUGCAGGAGCCUCACAUGUAUUAAUAAAGUUCAAUUAACAGAGCAGGAGAUAAUAAUGUCUAAAGUAAACACACAGUGCUAUCAAAUCUGAUUGAAAAAGAAACAAUUUUUUUUUUCAUGAAGUCUGUGAGUCACAGACAGGAAAAGCAACAAGUGAGCUGUAGUCCACAACAUCUGAAGCACUGAAGGAUGCCUAGCUAUGCACUAAAACUAGUUCAGUAGCUAAAGUUCUUUUGGAGCCUAAAAUAGAAUAUAUUUCAUAAUAUAUAAUAAUGGAACAUUGAAUAUAAUUGUCAGUAUUAUAUGUAUAUGGUGUGGUAUAGGUAAUGGCACAGUUGUUCCAUUUACAUUGUUAAGAAAAGGGAUAAACAAAUAAAAAGUUGAUAUUUUUCCUGUAGUGGUUAUAGUGCCAGGAGUGCUCUGAAACCUUCCCAGAAUUAUUUGCCAAACUGUAUUAGAAACGUGAUGCUUCGCUCUGUAAAAACGACUUCCUUCUCCUGCAGAACACACUGUGUGGGCGCAUGCGCCCAGUUGACCAACGCAAGUUGUUAAGCCAUUCUAACAAAUUACGCCAGGACACACCUUCCACCAAAACCACUUCAUUGGGCUGUAACGGCUACGGUGCUUUGUGUGAUCCUUUAAUAUCUUUUUUUGAAUGUUUAUCUGUAGACUUAUUUUCAUGAAAAAAAAUAAGUAAAUGAGAAUGUAUUCCGUAAGACAGCAAUGCUGCAUUCAUUAAGAAAGAAUCCCGUACAAACACGAGAGAUUGUGUUACUAUACUGCUUGUGGAUUUAUAAAGUUAUAGGAUGGAAGUUCUGGACCACAGGUCCCAAUGGACUUAGUGCUAUGAUUGAUUGGUCUGAGCUCUGCUUCUGAAACGCUUGGAAAUAAAAAAAAAUAUAUAUUUCUGGUAAGAUUAAUGCAAACUCACAUUUUCUGAAACUUCCCUUUUCUUCUUAACCACAGAGGAUUAAGCACAGCAUUAAGGAAAUGUGCGACGGUAAAAUUGCUACGGAUAGGAAGUUAUUGGGUAUCUGUGACAAGUGGCCACUUCCCAGUAUCGUAUUUUAACAUAUUUAACAUUUCUCAGCCUUGCUCCAGCCCACAGACCAUGUGUUUAGAGAACCACAGUUUACUCUCGCAAUGAUAAUGAUGUUAUAUAAGGCAGGUCAUUAUCUCAGAAUUUAAACCCAAGUAAAACUCUGCUGGAUUCAGUGUAUGUUAGUAUGUUGUGAGCGUCUGUGUUCAAUGAAGUUUAGAAAUAAAAUGAUAAAGGUGCGCAAAAUGAGCAAAACAAAAACCAUGAUAGAUCAACGUUGAAACAAUUGUGUUAAAAUCAAAAUACUAUGGUGGAUUGACAUUAUACCUAUGGCUGAGUAAUCCUAAAAAUAGGCAGUAAAACAGAUUUUAAUGCAAUUCGAUAAAAACAGCUUCAGGUUGAAAUUAUCAAACCAUAGUUCUAUUAGAGCCAGUAUAGGGCUUAAUUAGCAUGGUUCCUUGAUCGCUUUGUACCCAUCAAGCUCAUAGCAAAAUGCACUGGAAGCUUCACUGAGAUGUUAAAGUACCAUAACAGCACGGCUCAUUGUACAGGUGGACGCCACUCUAUGUUGUAGUGUGUUUUUGUUUUUUUGUUUCUUUUAACGGUUUAGUAGUGGUGGAACUUUCACUGCCACUACCAGACCACGUCCUCUUCAGUCAAAGUGGAGGAAACUGAAUUGCAUCAUUAUCCAGUGUGAUGUCAUCCAAUCUGGAUGGUAGUGUUAGAUGUGAAAAUGUCCUGCCUGCAUUAUCAGUACAUUAGACUGCAUUGUUUUGUUAUAUCGUCGAUUGAGCAUAUAGAUUGCCAAUAUAUAAAUAAAAGUGACAUUGAGUAUAUUAGACUUCUGUACAAACAUAACAACUGCAGCUAAGUGUUGAGAUUAUGUUAAAACUUUGUGUCUUUUGGCACAAUCCGUAGUAAACGUCACAUUCUAGAGUAUAUUUCAAUAAUAAAUCUAUUAGUAAUCUCUCCAGCUUUGUCUUGGAUUGGCGAUUAUCAAACAGUAUUUCAUGUUUUUCAUGAACCAUACACAUCACCUACAGUUUGUACAUUUAUUGUAUUUUUAUUAAUGUUUCCAUAAACAGGAAAAAUAUUCCAGAGUUAAACUGGCAAUUUCCAAAGUGCAGAAUCAACGGACUAGACUGAAGAAAAAUGAUCUCACUGCAGAAAUUCAGAUUAUGAUAACAGAUAACUUGGAGGAGUCAGCGACAGGAAGUGAUGCAAUAGGUCUGGCCAAUGACAUCAUAAACGAAAUAAACAACAAUGGUAAAUAUUCAUGGCUUCAAGCUCUGAUGUUAAUGUACAAUACCAUUUUGUUCCCGGUGCAUCAGACAUAAGUUAGAUUGUAUUCUCUAAACAAAAAAAAUGAAACGAUAUGUAGAAUAUGUGUUAUAUGCUCAAUCCAAAAUAGCCUAUUUGAUUAAUGAUCGGGGGGGAAAAGUUUUUCACCCAAGAAAAAUGGGCAAUUUGUUCGCUGAAGAUUAUAGCAAAUUACACAAUUUUAGAUCAAAUUCGGAUAUAUAUCAGCCCACAGAAGAAAAAAUUGAUCAGUUCAUGAAUAGGGUUACAUUGCCUUUGAUAACUACAGAAAAAUUGGAGAGUUUGGAAUGUGAUAGUCCUGAUGGAUUUACCAUCUUAUAUUAUAAAACUUUUGCUGAAAUUUUAAUUACCCAUAUGGCAAAAUUAUUUAAUUCCUAUUAGACCGGGGAAGAUGCCGGUGGAGUCCUUGUGUGUACACAUAGUUGUCUUACCAAAACCGGGUAAAACUCCAGAUAGGUGUCCUAAUUUCAAACCUAUUUCUCUUAUUAACAAUGAUUCAACGAUAUAUUAUAAGGUGUUAGCAAAUAGAUUGGCUAAAUUGAUUCCGCUGAUUAACAAUAAUGAUUAAGUAGGUUUUGUACAGGGUGGACAUGCACCAGACGGAACGAGGAGGUUUAUCAAUUUGAUUCAACACAUUAAUUCGUUUAAGACGCCUUCUUUGCUUCUAUCUUUUUAGACGCAGAUAAGGCGGCCGAUAGAAUUCACUGGGGGUACUUGUGGAAGACACUAAGCAAAUUUAAUGUUCCUUCAUCUUUUAUAAAUGCAAUUGCAGCACUGUAUAGCAACCCGCAGCUCAUGUAAAUGCUUCUGGUUUCAGGUCCGAGACUUUUUCUCUGUCUAUUGGAACCAGACAGGGGUGCCCUUAUCCCCACUUUUAUUUGUCCUUGCUAUUGAACCCUUGGCCGAGCUCAUCAGACCAAACCCAGAAAUAGAAUGUAUAAGGUUUGGUGAAUCAAUACACAAGAUAGGAUUGUUUGCAGACAUUAGUUUGGAGAGGUAUCCUUUUACAAACUUAAAUCUAAAACACAGGCUCUUCCCUUUCACGUUAGUCACUUAGAUCUUAUGGCUCUAACGAGUUUAUAUUUAUAUGAUUGGAGAAACGACUUUAUAGACUACUUAGGCAUUAGCUUAUGUAAAAAUUUAACAAAAAUGCAGACUUAUAAUUUGAGCAAGGAAUGGCCCGUUUUACAGAAGGAGAUGGAGCUCUCGUGGUUGGGUAGGAUUGCGUCUAUUAAGAUGACAGUCCUCCCAAAAAUGUUGUACUAUUUUAAGACCAUACCCCGGUCUAUCCCGUUAAUUCUUUAAAAAAAUUAACUCAGCAAUUUUGAAGUUUAUUUGGAACAAGAAGCCAAGCAGAAUCAAACUAACUACUUUGCAACAUAAUAAAUCCAAUGGGGGUAUUGGUGUACCUGAUAUUCAUAAAUAUUAUUUUGCUACCAAUGCCGCACUGUCAGUUUUUAAUAACAAUAUUAAUAAACCAAGAUGGAUAGAAAUGGAGGAGGUUAAGACUUUUCCAUUUAUACUCAGAGGCUCUUUGAGUAGGCCCGGAAAAGAGACCUAAAACUACCAAGUUAUUAUUUUCAACCAAAACAACGUUUAAAGCUUGGGACCUUAUUUUUAGAAAUAAUAAUCAUGCCAGAGGUUUAUAUAGAGCAAUGCCACUCACAUUGCUGAAGGAAUAUGUGCCAUCUUUAGACAUAGAUUUCUGGGAUUCUUAUUCCAUAGCUUAUUUAGAUAACUUUUUUCAUGGCAAUGCCAUACUGUUUUUUGAUAAAUUAAAAUUUAAGUACAGUUUACCGGACGAAUCUAAAUUUAACUGUUCAGUGGUUGUAAACAAGCUAAAAUAAUAAUUCAGCAUUGCAGAAACAUAAAAAAAAUUAUAAGACACUCAAAACUUUCAGCCUGGAAAAGGUUUUCCUGCACGAUCCAGGAAGAAAAGGCAUUUCUCUAAGUUACUCUGUUUAUAAUGUUAAACCUUCAGACAAGUUGAGGCAUAUCUUGUCGUGGGAGACGGAGUUUGAAAGAAUGGUUUGGUUUUUGCACUGUACCGACCAUUUUGAAAACCAUUAUAAGUUUUUAUAUCGUUGGUACCUGGUUCCAUCUAGACUACACAACAUGAAUAAUGCGUAUUCAGACCGGUGUUGGAGGGAUUGUGGAGAUACAGGACAUAUGGCGGUUUUGUCCAAAAUUAGCCAGAUAUUGGGAAAUGAUUCAUGAUUUGAUUAUUAAAGUGGACAAGGAAAUAAGUAUCUCGAUAUCAGAACUAGCACUAUUUAAGGAAUUCCCGGAGUCUGUUGCGAAAAAGUGACAAAAUAAUAAUAGGCCACAUCCUAAUGGCAGCUACAACAUGUCUACCUCGAUACUGGGAGUGUAAAAAUGUGCCUACACGUAAAGAAAUUUUGAUCAUGGUUUUAGAUAGUAAAGCAAACAAAUUGUCUUAUAGAAAGAAUAAUCAUUUAUUUGCAAACCUUCAACAUAUUUGUGAUAAAUGGGAAGAAGAUAUUAAAAACAACUUACUGCUUAUAGAAUAUAUAUAUAUUUUUUUAAGUUCAAGGAUGUAUAACUAAUGUUUCGUACAAUAUUCCAUAAGUUUACUACUAUGGAUCCCCUUUCCUAUUUCCAAGUGUCCCUUUCUUUCCCCGAAUAGUAUGUUUGACUAUUUGUUAUUAUUUGUUGUGAAAUACAUUAUAACUAAUAAUUAUUUGAAAAUAAUAUUUGUUAUAGUGUACGUUUAAUGUAGUUUCAUGUUGUCACCUCCAUAUUCAUCAAGCAAUAUUUGAAUAAAUCUGCCUUUUUAAUGGUUGCACAGUGCCACAAAAGGCUUGCAACGAUUCCCUUUGAUCUUACAAAAGGAAACUGCCAAAGGGAACGUUCCCCAAAACUGAAAUCAAAUCGCUGUCAUAGUUUGCAAGUUCAUAAUUUAAAUAGGAUUUUGUAAGCAAACCAGAUUUAAUUUCAGUAAUGUAUGAGUACAUUUUAAACACUGCAUAUGCCUAGACACUUAAAGGUAAACACACAUUUUACAGAUGUGCUAACAGAAUCAUUAAAGGUAUACUCUAAGCAACAGAAUCACUACAUUUCAGUGUAGAGGUUUUGUUACUUGGUAUGUUGGGACAAUCCCUAGUAAGCGAUAAACAAUUUAGCAAUGGUUUAAUAAAAAAACCAAAACAUAACAGUGCUUUCCUUAACAUUGCCAUUUAUAUAGCGCCAACAUAUUUUGUAGCGCUUUACAAUAUUAUAAGAGAGGGAGGAAUUAACUAUAAAUAGGACAAUAAAAAAAAAAACUUACAGGAAUGAUAGGCUGCAGAGGACCCUGCUCAAACGAACUUACAGUCCUUGAUCCCCAGAGGUUGACCCCCAUAUUGAUACUUGUGUUACUUACCUUUUAACAGCGCGAAUGCUCCCACUGUGUCACGGAGGACGAAUGUCCGCUAUGGUCCAAUCAGAUUUUCCAAUAGGAAAGCAUUGAAUCAAUGCUCUCCUAUGGGGGCUUCCGUAUCAUGUAACAGAGUUUUACUUGGUCAGUGCCGUGGAAGCACCUCUAAUGGCUGACCUACUGAAACAUAUAGUGUAACCAUUGCGGUUUCUGAAAAAAUAAUAAUUUAGAAGGAUAAGGACAUUGCUGGAUGACUACCGUGUCUCUUUAUAAUAAUUCCAUCCAAAUUGCUGGUUUUAUUGUCAAAGUUUUUAGAGUUAUUAAUAAACUGCAAGUUUGUUGCACAUUAUAUUGUUUUAUCGCUGCCUUUUUUAUAUAUGGUUUAACAUCCAAUACGGCAAUGAUUGGUGCUUUGGGCUGGUAAGUCCAGUAUUCUCAGCCAAUCAUCUUUGACAAUGAGAACACGGAAUACUUACAUUUCCACAUGUGUAGCGUCAGACUUUUGGCAGUUGCUAAUUGCCAGUUGAUGUUGAAAGACAAAUGGCAUCAAAUUUUCACUUAUGAUUAUUUUUCCUAUUCCUUUUUACAUUUCUUACAUUUAAAGAAACUUAAUUAACCUUUUAUUUUUUUUAAUGGAUGUAUAGAUUUAAAAAAAAAACUUUAAUCUGGCUGAGCAGCCAUGUUCAGUCAGUUUUUACGCUUAUCUGACCAACUGCUGCUGAGUCUAACUUGCCUGCUGUUGUGACUGCUGUGUGUGAACCUACAGCAUCAGACAAGUUAAAUUGAGCAGCAGGUCCGAUAAUCGCAGGUUCUGAUCCAACAUGGCUGCUCUGCCAGAUAUAACGAAAUCAUCAAUAUACAUCUUUUAAAAAUAUAUUUAAUUACAUUUUAUUAAAUAAACUUUUAAACUUUUUUUUUUUUUUUUUUAAAGUAGUGAAUAUUGUGAUGACCAUUGUCCUUUUAAAGGAGAUAUUUGGUAAUUAAUGCUGUUUAGAAUGAUGUGAUUAACUAAACACUGAAUUGAGAACCAGAUUGCUAACUGUAGUCACAGAAUCACACAAUUACUUUAAAAGUCCAACAUCAUAUCCCCCAAAGUCCAUGAAGAACAAAACUAGAAAAUGUAGGUGAAAUGUCAGCGUUAUUUUUAAUUUUUUAUUAUUUAGGUAAUUAGUCAGAAUGAUUAAGUUCUGAGUUUUCUUUUUUUUUUGUUGUUCAUUUAUAAUUUUAGGUAUUUCAUUCGGCAUUUCUAAAGCGACCGUAAUAACAUCUACCAGCAGUCAAUCCGCUCCAAACACAGCGGGGAUUAUCACGGGGAUUGUCAUCGGAGUACUUGCCAUUUUCCUGUCUAUUCUAGGUGGUCUCUAUUACCUUCAUAGAGUAGGAACUUUAAGGUAAUCAAGAAAACAAACCGUGAUGCACAAUAAUGGCUGUGUUUAUAUUAUCAGUGUAAGAAUGUUUUUGUUUGAUUGUAGAUUACCUUCUCAGAUAGUCUUAUUCAGGAGGAAUAACUUUGAAGUGCAAACUGACACACAGCCCAUAGGAUUCACCAACCCUAUAUUUGAAGGAAUUGCAGAGGACGUUCCGGUAAGCAUUUAACUGGAAAUAUCUUUGGGUAAAGUUUACAGCUUUGAAUGUUUAGGGGAGUUGGAAGAUUAACGAUUUCCAAAAAGAAAAUAAUCCAAGCAUUUGAGGUCUUAUUGAGGAUCACAGUACCUCUCUGAUUGCUUUGGUCUUGCAAUUAGAUAUCCAGCUCUCUUGCACCAUAACCAGUGUGCUGUAGCAGUUAUGGUGGCCAAGUGCUAAGGCUCUGCUGCCUGCCUUUAUCCUUCUAGCUUAUUGGCUGAGAAUGUCAGCUAAUUGUUCUCCGCUAACAAGCUAAGCCCUGCACCUCCAACCAUAGACAGAUCAGGCAGAGAGCUUCUGCCCUCAGAUGAUGCAGAUCUCAGGUAAGAACUCACUGGUAAACUAAUGUUAUUUUAUUUUAAUGUGUAUGAGAGGGGUGAUUGUUUUGUACAGUAUAUGCCAUGGUCUCACAGACCCCAGUAUGUAUGGUUUUAUUUUUUUCCCUCUGUCAUGCCUAGCAGUAUAGCUCCAAAUGGGAAAUGUAAGCUGUGUCACAUAUGCUUUUGGAGGAGUUUUAAAAAGAACACCCCAGUCACCAUAACAACUUCAUCUAAAUGAACUUAUGGUGACAGGAGCCCCCUGUGUGCACUCUUACCUCAAAGGGUUAAACGGUUCUUGAAAAGUUGCCUCCAGCGCUGAUCCUUGCGGCGUCCGGCUUGUGAAAUCUCAGUAUCAGAAUGUGUGGAGUGCCUCUGCGGAUUGGCUUAGAGCAGUCAGCUGAUGCUCUCAGACAAUCAGUGACUUCCCAUUCACAAAACUGGCUAUCAAGUUUGUCUGAGAGCAUCAGCUGACUGCUCUGAGCCAAUCAACUGAGAUUUCAGAACCCGGGUGCCGCAAAUGGGUACCUGGGGAUCAGCACUGGAGGCAACUUUAGGGUAAAACUGUGAGAGCAGUUUAACCCUUUGAGGUAAAAGUGCGUCUAAGGGCCUCCUGGCACCAUAACAUAGCAGUCUUAACCCUGCAUGUAAACGGUUUACCAGAUCUGUUUUCCCUGUGCCAAGCACAGGAACACACAAUCCAAUAAGAACUUACAAAUAUAAUUCCAAAUACUAACAUUGUUAUUCAAUAUAGUGAGCACUUUUGGAAACAACAAAUUCAAGCUAAGCACCUUUAUCAGCCAUAUGAGGAGUUAUCACUAGGUGUAAUGUAAACACUGCAUUUUCUCCAAAAAGACAGUGUUUACAGAAAAAAAGCCUGAAGGUAAUGAUUCUACUCACCAGAACAAAUUCAAUAAGCCGGAGUUGUUCUGGUGACUAUAGUGUCCCUUUAAUACCUAAAUAGUCGAACUGGAAUUAUAGCUGAAUUAGUGUGUUUUCCCAAUUUGGCUAUUUUAGCCCUAAAUGUUAUUCACAUUAAAUUCUUACGUUAGUGAGGAGCUAUUGCCUUGUCAAUUUUCUACAAUUCACAUUAUAUUUAAAAGCACACCAGCGUUAACCAAAUACACUACAUAUAUAAUAUUAAAUAUAUUGGUGCUCAUCCAAGCACACAUUUCUGUUUGUGUCCGUUUAUACAGUGGUAGACUGAUACUAUAAAGAUAGUAUAACAAACUACGCUGAAAGUUGUUUUGGUUUUUUUUUUUCUUUGUAGGAUGUCUCUGGUCUAUAUUCCGGAGAGGAAGUAUUAAAAGAGAUUACACCAGAUAAAAGCAGUUUUCAGUAUUCAAAUCCUCUAUAUGAAGCCUCCCAAUGUGACGACUGAGACCUCAUCAAUUACUUGGUUAGUAACUAAAAUCAACUCAUUUUUAUUUUCAGGUAUUAUUCAGCUAGCAAUUUCACAAUAAGUACUGUUUGUGCUAGAUAUACAAUGUAAAUCUUAUAGACAAGCGAUUGGUUUACAAUGUGUCCUCACAACAUUCUAUUCUUGAAACGGUUAACAUGCAUUGUUUAGGGAGACAGGUUAGGUAUCGUAAGUUACAGCUGCCAGGCCAGGCAUUAUGGGAAAUGUUGUCCACAUCAGUAAAUCAGACCAUAAGGCUAUCUUAAUACGGUGAAGAGAAAUUUGACAUUUAGGCAAUAUACCCACUACAGCUCAAUUUAAACAGCCUAUUCGGGCAUCCCAAUUAAUCUUUUUUGGGGGGUGUCAGUGAGUUUGGAAGUUUGAUUUUUUUCAACUUUCUUGAUUAUGCAUAAUUGCAUUUGAAAUGUAUUUGUUAUUACUGGUGUUUACAGUGUUAUGGUGCCAGUAUUCCCCUGGGCACCUUCUUACCUGAAUGGAUUAAACCAUUCUCAAACAGUUUAACCCCAACGGUUGCCAUCAGCGGCAUCCAGCGGGGAUCGUUGCUGAGCAGUCAGCUGAUGCUCUAAGCCAGAUGUUUUAAAAUUACAUUUUCCAAGAUCCUUUGUCAUUCUAAAAACAUGCAAAGCUUCAUGGGAGUUGUAGUUAUACCACAUCUGUGGACCCACCUUUCAGAGAAACUGCUAUGUUUACAUUUGGGGUUAAGCCAGCCUCUAGUGGCGCAUCUGCUACGCUGGAGGCACAUUUUGCCUCCAUCGCGCAAAGAGUCCAUAGGAAAGCAUUGAAAAAUGCUUUCCUAUGGACACUUUGAAUGCGCAUGCAGCUCCGCUGAUGGCAGGGGAGGAGAGGUCACCAGCGCUGAGGAAGCCUGGCGCUGGAUUAAGGUAAGCACCCUUAUUUUGGAAUGACACAAUGGCACCCCUAGCACCAUCAUUACUACAGCAGGCAGUCAGCACAUCUUUAAAGGACCGCUAUAGUGCCAGGAAAACACUUGUUUUCCUGGUACUAUAGUGCCCUGGGGGUGCCCCUCAGGAGCUGCGCACGCAUUCAGCCAGUUUCAUAGGAAAGCAUUCAUAAUGCUUUCCUAUGGACGCUGGUGUCUUCUCACUGAUUUUCACAGUGAGAAGCACACAAACGCCUCUAGCGGCUGUCAAUGAGACAGCCACUAGAGGCUUUAUAAAUGGGUCAAUCCAGCCUCUAAACAUAGUUUCUCUGAAACUAUGUUUAUAAAAAAAAAAAAAAAAAAGGGGUUAAUCCUAGAGGGACUUGGCACCCAGACCACUUCAUUAAGCUGAAGUGGUCUGGGUGCCUAGAGUGGUCCUUUAAUGAAAUGUGUUUCUAUGGGGAUUUUCAGAGCUUUCAGGAAUAUUUACUUAACUAGAAAGUGAAUUAAAAAAUAAAGGUCAAAUAGUUCACCUGGAAAAAGAAAUCUCAGUCAACCAUCAGAUCGGCUUCUCUGACCUUAAAUUUGAAAUUCACUUUGAAUUUUCGCUUUUUAGUAAAUCACCACCACACAAUUCACAAGGUUUCUCUGUCGAGAGAAGACUGAAGUUGAUGAACUUCCUGUUGGGCUCAUUCACUGGCUACAAUAUGAUGCUCUAUAUCAGUGGUUCCCAACCCAGUCCUCAAGUACGUCCUGGCAGUUCAGGAUUUAGGGAUUACCCAGUUGGGUCCAAUGUGUUUUUAGAAAGAAAGAAGAAAAAACAACCUGCACCCUUUAGACACAACAGGGUAAUCAGUAAAUCCUGAACUGCUGGGGAGUACCUGAGGACUGGGUUGGGAACCCCUGCUCUAUGUGGGUACUUUUACAAUUGGAUCUAUUUUUUUUAUUUUAUAGAGAGGCACCCAGAACCCCAUCUCAAUGAAGUAGUCUGGGUGCCGCGUCGUUUUAACCCUUCAACUGAAAUAAUUGCCGUUUUGCAGGAAUAGCAAUGUUUUCAUUGCAAGGUUAACAAGUCACGAGUGGCUGUCAGGAAGACAUCCACUAUAGGCGCUACCACAGGUUUAGCAGGGUUAAACGAUCAUAACUCAAAGAACAGAUUAAGAACAUUUAAUUGGUGCAGCAUGACAUUUUGCUGCACAUAUGCACCAGCCUCCCAAUGCUCCCUAUGUGAAAACAUACAAUGGCUGCGAUCAUAAACAUUGAUAAUCUCACCCAGGGAAGCAGCACAUCACGUGAUGUAAGGUAAAUAAACCUUACCUUUUAACCCCCUGCAAAGGGUCAUGGGCUCCUGUUUAAGAAAACAGGUUUGUCAAUUUCCCUUCAUAGUAAUUUUAACAAUUAUUACUAAAAGAUAAAAUCCAUAUUUUGUAAGUUUACCUAGUGCAUGGAACAAAGGACAAGAAGUAGAAUACAAGAAUGAUGACACUUUAUCUAUCCACAAGUCAAAACAUAGAAAGCUACAGAACUUAUGAAGAUCAUUUGUUUUAAAACGUUUAGCAGAUUUGAAGAAAUUUUUGCUUCGUGGAUCCCCUUACCAUUGUUGGAGGCAUCAAUUAAAAUUGUUUAGCAACAUUCAAAUGUUCAUACACUGAUUUGUAUGUUUUGAUCACUGGUUCAAGAAUUGAUCUGUAAAUGAGUUCCAAGGCAGGUAGAUUUAAACAUAUGCUCAAAACCGAUUAACCAUUUUAUUAUGUAUAAUCUUGUAGGCUUGAACAGCAGGGUGACCUACCGUGCCCCUCCAAAGUUUGUUUCUAGUAUAGGUGUCCAACCGUAGCCUAUUAAUAUAAGCUGAUGGAGUCAUUUAAAUAUUCCAAAAAAGUAGAGAUGUUGCAAGUGUUCAUUUUAUUAAUUUUCUAGAACAGUAUUUCACAAAUGAGAUGUGUAUGUAUAGUCUUAAUCCACAUUUAUGAAAUAAUUUGACCGCAACCAAAGGACAAUUUUGCAUUCAUGUAAAAUGUUUUAAUUUGUGAAAACAGACCAGAAUGAACUUCAAAACUGCCCUUUGCUGACUUAUUAACAGGUCACUUGUUUAAUAAAUUUUUUUUAAAAUAAAAUAAAAAAAGAAAUCUUACAAUUUAUAAUUACAGAGACGACUUUUAAACAAAACAAAAAACGUAUAAAUCAUAAACCCCAUAGGCAGUAGUGUGUCGUCCCAACAAAGCCUUUUCAUUAAAUUUGAAGAGCACUCACACAACAGAAAAAGGGGACAAAAAAAAAAAAGACUAUAUCACUUGUCUCAACUAAAAAUAAGUGCAAGUCCUAUACAGUGUUUCAGAAAGGAACAGUUAGCCAUUGGUAUACAUCAUUAGCCCAAUAAGUCCAAAUUUAAGCUAGUGACAAUCCAAAUGUCAUGUAAUUGGCACAAAAAGGCACCCUAGUGACAAUGGAUAUGCCAGCCAAAUAAAAAAAAAAAAUCCAAAUCUGUAAGACAUGGAAGCGUGAGAUUAAAUAUACACACAGAGCCACACAGUUGUAUGGACAGAAACAAAAUAUACAUGUGUAAUGAGAAUUUUACUUUUACAUAAUCGAACAGGUAAAAUCACGUGGUUCUCAUGCAAAGCGUACAUACAAUUUGUCAGAGUUACUUUUCCAACCACGGAGAAAUGUGGAAAAACUAUUUUUUGUUAGUUUUUUCGUACUUUUUUUUUUUUUUUUUUUAUUAUAAAGCAGCACAUAUACAUAUGUUUAACCCAUUUUGAUGCGAGAGUGGCCAGAUAAUAAUUUCAGCUUUUUCUGCAAGUGAAAGAAUUAAAGAACCACUUUGGUGGUAAAACAUUUUGAUGGCUCAAAUGAUGAUGAUAGAAAUUCCUUUCUUUUACUUUUGUUUCUGAAGUACAUCUAGAUAAAUAAAGAGUGUCUUCACAGUGACCAAAGUUUCCUAAAAUAUUGGAUAUUCUAUAAAAUAAAAUGUAGUGUUUUCUUGAUGACAAUCGAAAAUAAAAGGCUACGUACAUUAGUUCAGAGGUAAUAGCGGACUCAGAGGUGGGAAAGUAUUGGUGGGUAGCUGGAGGCUAAAACCACAGGUCAGUUUGGACAACUUAUUAAACAAUUGAAGUGUCUAGAUGACAUGAAUACACCACAAUGGCAGUGGUUGGUAUAAAACAGCAGUACACGUGCAAUGGCUUAUGACACAAGGUUUGAUUUUAUGGCUGGCCGAGUGUCAUAGCAACACGUUGAACGCCAAUCUCUGUGCCUCAGGUACUCAAACUAAACACCCUGUGUUCCUAAAAUUUAACAUAAUUGGAGCAGAUGCAAACCCCUGUCACGACUUGUUCACAGGGGGCACUUAAUUUGCACUCCAAAAAAGUUAGAAAACUGUAAAGACCCAACUACAGGGGACAUUUAAACAAACUGAAUUCACUGUAGUUAGCCUGCUAUACUCAAGAACAGAGCUGCACAGUCAUUUAGGAUAGAGGAUCAACUGUUUAUAUCACAUUCACAAUUUUAUUAAAAGAUAAAAGCUAAUGGGGUAAACAACAGCCAUGAUGCUGUUUUUAUAUGAUAGACACCAAAAAAAGUUUAACCUCCUUUUAUCAUUACGAAAAAGUCUGUUCUUCGUUAAAAUACUGAUUUGUUAAUACUUUUGUUUUGUUUUUCUGCAAACUUUGUGCAACUAUAAUAAUUUUAUAUAUUUUUUUUAAAUGGACCGGAUUUACGUUUAUACCUUUAAAACCCACAAAGCUGCAGCACAAACCAGCUCUUGCGCGAAAAUGCAUUCUAUAAUAGCGAAGGCGAACAUAGCCUUUUUUUCCUUUUCAACUGUGUAUACUUGCACAACUCACAGGAUCACAUGAAACUGGGAGCAAAUGUUUAUCAGCGGCUGGAGAGAAGCAGGCUGAUUAAUCACCCUAGUAUAAAAGAGAAUUAAUACUAUGGAAGCCAAGUAGAAAUAGCAAUUCUGGGAUGGUUGUGUUUUGUGUAUGUAGCAAUCACCAUAGACGCCAUUGGCACAUCCUGCAAGUUACCCCAGAUUUGCUCUUAAUACGUUAGCUCCGUGGUUAGAAUAAAUUGUCUCUUGGUUAAAAAGACAGUUGUGCACAUAAAGCCAGUGCUAGAGUCCUAUGCAAGACCUCAAAUUCUUCCGUAAUAAAUUUCCUUUAGAAGAGUCUGCGUCAUUUUCCUAAUGAGACUUUGUAUAUCGGAUGCUGUUUAGCAGUAACGGUAGCAGCCUCUUUCUCUCCCACAGAGCUAGCAGCAUCACAGGAAGGGUGAUGUAAAAUUUAAAAACAAACAAAAAGAAAAAUCCUAUUUUGUCACUCGGGUGUAAAACAAACAAAUGAUAUUAGAAACAGUGAAUUCUUUUGCAUAUAAAAGCUUGAUCACAUAUAUUAAACCCUUUUUUUUUUUUCUUUUUUAAAUGUAUCUACAAGAUGGGGGGUUGAUUUGUGCAACACUAGAGAUUUCUUAUCUUGGCACGAUCUUCUGGAACAAAUGCCUCCUUCUGUGUCAGAAGUGGGACCUCGCGACAUGAAGUCCCCACGGUGCGGAAUGCUAUGCAUCGCAUGCUGACUGGUCCAUACCAUCCAAUGUUAGCUGAUUUCUAUGUGGGGAGUUGGGACUCGGUGGACCACUUGGGUUCGAACUGUUAGACGGGGUGGAAUGUUUUGUGGAAUCGGAAUCCGGCUGUAAAUAAAAUAAGAUUACAUUGUCAUGGUGUAGCAUGCUUUGUACACUUUGCCAUGCAGAAAUGUCUUUUCCUGGGUCACAAGUUCUAGGUAAGAGCAACGUGAAAGCAUUUACUCAAGGUGAAUUUCAAAUUUAUGGUAAAAGUUGCAGAAGUCGUAAAUACUAUGUCAGCCUCACUGGCCUUAAACUUGAAAUUUACUAUCGUGAAUAACCCUGAUCAUUUAGCUGCCAGAGAGGUUGGAAGGAACACUCCCACUUACUUACCUUCAGCUUUUUCUAACACCACUGUCUCCGCGGCAUGAGGAAGGAUUAGCCAGGCACAUAGUGAAAGGCUGAGAGCAUGAGCCAAUGCGUUAAAAGCCUAUCACUGGCCACCCAAUGAGAGAAACAUCAUGUGCUAGUUCUAUGAGCGGAAGUUGCUAUAUGGGUGGGAUUGUUCCUUUAAAAUAAUCUCUAGAAAAUCUUACAUCAACCUCUGGUGCUGGACUCUUCUUUUCCAUAAUUAGGGGAACUGGGGUCCAAAAACUGCAGGGUAACAAUGUUUAAGAACCCUGAGCUAAUAACUUUUUUUUUUUUAUAACUUUAAUAGAUACAUUUGGAAGAUAUCAUACCUCUCUUUCCAUGUCCUGGUCGGCAUCGCCAAUAAUCCUUGAGGACAAUUCACCAGCACCUUAGGGUAAAAAAUACAAACAAUUCAUAAUUCACAUGUCAUUCUACAUCUCAUGCACGGUCUAUAUUCUUACUGUGUGUACUCUGAUUUAAUCAAAAUAAAAUAUUUGCACAAAAUGGUUACACAGUUCUUUUCAAAUCAGAAAACUGCAUUUGAUGUUAACAAAACUUAGCGAAAGUCAGAUCACUGGUUUUUGGAAUUACCUGAAGAGGGCCGAGAUACAUAGGGUUUACUCCUUUGUUGCUGUUGCCGAGCAAGAUUGGUUGACGAAGGUCGUGUCCUUUCCUUUGGGAUUUCAUCCUGAGAUGGUGGCACAAUGCUCUGUAAAAAACCAGAAUAUAAAGUCACUGCAGGCUUUGCACAAUGCAUUUCAAUCUACUCUCCGUAAAAGUUUAGAGUUCUGCAAAACUUUGAGAGUAAAUUUGAAUAUGUGAUGAACAAACUAUCCUGAGAGAUUAAAACGACCCUUAUAAAGAACAUCAGAUAAAGUUGGAUUAGCUGAGUGCACACAGAUUUACAUCUACCAGGAAAAAUAAAUUGUUCUGUGACCACAUUAGGAGACAGCCAGUAAUCUGAUAUUGCACUAGAAUAGAGGUAGGUCAGAUGUUGUGGACUACAACUCUCAAUGCUUUUACAGCCAUAAUGCUGGUUCAGCAUUAUGUGUCAUGUAUUCCACAACAUCUGAAGUACCGAAGGUUGCCUACCUCUGCACUAGAAAGUCAUCGGAUGAAGACAUAAGGCAGAGCGUUACAGUAAGAGUCUUAAGGGGGAAAUAUCACAUUUCCCAACAGAGACAGAUCGUUCUUCCAACAGAGUGGAAGGAAGUACAGAGUGUAUAGUAGCCCAUGAUGCUCUGAGCACAUAAGGGCACACGAAGACAUGUUCAUUUAAGUUUCCAUGAAGCACUUGCGCGAUCAAGCAUUCCGUUCACGGUGCAGUGCCCACAAGAUACAGCCAAGUAUAUGGAAAUAUAUAGAAGUAAUCAAAGAAAAUAUAUAACGAGACCCAAGAAAAAAAAAAACAAAAAACAAAAAAACACACAACCCCAUAGUCAAUUUUUAGUUUAGUUACUUGGUUGUGAAAAAAACCCUAUAAGUUACGGUUCCACUUUAAUAGGAUUCAGAUUCUUCCACUCACAAUAUGAUUGCCAAGGUCCUCAGGUAGGUAUAUAUUUAAUUGAUAAUCCAGUGAUUUUUGGACUGGUGUACCUGAAGUCACCUGAAACUCGGCCAUAAACACUUUAACUCCUGUAAUAAGCUGAAUGCAGUCUUUAAAUGUGCAUUUUCCCCCAGUAAGUGUCUACAUUAAAAUGGAGGUCCUCAUCUGGCAACAAUUUAAACAAAUAAAUCGGUUUAGCUUGAACACAUAAUCCCUCACAAGGCAAUGCAGACACAAAAUGUGUUUAUAUGCAGCGAAUGAAAGAAUCAAAUAAGUGUCACUAGGACCAUUUUCUCUCCAUUAACCUUUCUGUGAUCCAAAAAGGAACAGAUUGGGAAAUGCUGUGCUGGCAAAAACCUCUGUCAAAUUUAAAGAUAAAAUAAUAUAAUCACCGUCUUCCCCUACCAUUGCACAUGUAACCAUGACAUGAUUCAGUGCAUGCUGGGAGGUUAUUGUGAUGGCCUUGCCACCAUCACUGAAGUUUUGCCACCCUCCGACUAGAAUGUUAAUCUGCAUCUACCAACCAAAAAAACAAAAAAAAACAAAAUGGGGUUUGUACUCCCAUUGUUUGCAACGGCUGCUUUAUCCCAUAAUCCUCUGUUUAGCAGAGCACAUGUAGUUCAGCAUGUGUUAGUGAUGCUUCUGUUGGCUCCCCCAAAUCUAACCUGUCACAAUUAGCAAGGCCCAUUGUGGUGUGCACAUGCUCUACACAUAUUUGUACAGGCUGAAAAAUUCUAGCUUCUUGUAUGACGACAGGAGAACAAAUAUGCACCCCCCAUAAAAAUACCAAAAAUAGCUACUUCAUCCCACAUACCAACACCGCUGAGUGGGUGGUAGUAAUUUGAACACUAGUAGCCGAUAUAAAAGCUAAAGUUGUCACUACAUGCAUUUAACAAACCAACGUGCUUGAAAAUCAGAAAUUGUUUCAUCAGUCAGAAUGUAUAGAACACACACGGCUGACGUUACUGGACAUUCUAAAAUACAUAACACCAAAAAUAUUGAGAAACAUAAACUGAAAACUAAUCUUCAAUAGAACAUUUUGCACAAGUAACAUUGGAAAAAUACAGUAUGCUCCGCAACAAGGCAAUCACACAAAGUUAGAAAUGAAACAAGGACCAGGUUUGGAUGAAGUACUACAGAGACAAAAAGUAAUAAACAAACAAAAAUAUUGCAAAUAAAAAGAUGCAACUUGUUAUAUGAGAGCGAGAGAGAGAGGGUUAAAACAGCUGCUUGUAUUGAACCUUGCCAGGAAUAACCACAACCUUAUAACUACGAACACUUGGUAUUUCACAUCAUAGCAGACAUAGGAGAAAUUAGCUCUAAAUUAUGGGCCAAAUUAAAAUGAACAGCAGCAGGCAUGCUUAAAGAAUUUCUCCAACCACUGUAGUGUUUUGAAGUGGUGAUGGUACUUGGGCUCUGUAUGUGCUGUGUUGCACAUACAGAGUUAAAGCAAACUGCCGCUGGAGACCAUGCUGGAAACAAACAAUUCUAUUAUCUAACAAAUUCUGCCCCUCAGCCCAGCCUCCCUGACAGCUCUCCCAAAAUAUCGCUACGCUCAUGCUUCAUUACUUUGACUGUUUUGGUGGCAGUUCCUCUUUUCUUCAUCUCAGUAAAUGCGGACGCACUUACUGCAGUGAAGGGUGCAGGAAAAGGAGUCAUAAACCCAUUCCACCCGACUGCAAGAUACAUAUAAUCACCAUCUUCCUGGCAGCCUUACAGAUUGGGCAUCAGUUCCCAUAGUUCCCUGCAUACUAGUUGCAUUCUAAGAGACUUUAGCAUCAGAUGACAUUCAUGCAUUUGAUGUAAAUACUUAAAAAGUAAACUUUUUCCCCCCCCCCCCUUCUUUUCUAAAAAGCAAACAAUUUCUCUCUCUGAAAUGUUAGUUAAGACUCCGGUGUCCAGUUCAUAGCAUACACACAGAAAUGUCCUCUAAAAGGGUGUUUGGUAUUCAUGGAAAUACAAAUGGCUAUAUCUAAAGGCUAUAUGACAUUACUAAGACGUCCAAGGUUUGGUAUUUUCAUUAUAAGCAGCCCUGUAUAGUGUAACCUGAUAGCAUGGUCUAUAACAAGCACCGUAUUGACAAUCUUUCUGUGCAUACGCGGCUGUGGUUUGGCUCUGUCUAUCUCUAACACCAUCACAUAUCUUCAGCCACAAGCUGCACUCCUGUUCCACUACCUGGCAAAUUAGAUCUAUUCACUGAAGACCACUUACUCGCCUCUCCUUUGAUAUUCCAAUAUGUAUUUAUGGGUGUCAACCCGUAAUUACAUUCAACUUAUUGCCACAAACCCCCCCCAAAAAAAACAAAUGUAAAACAAACGAGAAAACGUCAAAUUUAUACAAAUAAUGAUAAUGUCUAGUAUUAUGGAGCAGCAUUUCAAGCAAUUUGUUCUCAAUGAGUGAGAUUGUUAAAGGACCUGACUGACUGAAUGAAGGAUGCUGACAUUGCGGCUCUAUGUGUGGUGAAGUGCAGGCCACAAACGAGACUCGUAGAGGCGAAAUGGGUCAACAGACAAACAUGGAUUCCUGAACAAGAUAAUCUUAAAUAACACAAUUUUUAAAAAGGCACAAAAGUCGUCAUCUGUGACGCUGCAUUCCUUUUAAAAACAUGAACUCCAAACAUCUGUACGAUACUGUGAAAAUGGUGAAAGAAACCAAAACCACUACAGAAAAGUUACUCUUUGUUAACAAGCUUUAAGGCAAUGUGAUUAGUUUCCGUGCUUCCAACAAACCACAGCACACCAUUCAAUAAGCCAUUUUAAAUGGCUAUUCCUACCCUUGCUAAGACAGUGGAAGAAAGACAGGAAGAGGAGGAUAGAGAGAGGUCUUGGCCAUUUUCAAGGAAGAUGUCUGCAGAGACAGAACUCAUAUGAUAGACGUGUUCAAAGUUUGCCGGAGGUGAUAUCAAAGCGGAGUUGCGGGAGGAUGAGAGGGAAGCAAAUUCACUCUGUUAUUUUUACAGGAAAGAAGAGAAAUGGACAGUGACCAAGUAACUAUGGAUAUAGUAGAAAAGAAAGAAGUUCAUUUAGAACCAGUGCUCAAACAUGUCUUUAAUCUUUUCCAGUUUUAAAGAAGGCCAUUUACCAGUGGAAGAUCCAUGAGGACUUGCAUCCCAUCUCCGGGCCCCAUGUGGGCAACGUGGUUGAAAUUGGUGGGAUUAGAAAUCAUUCUAGAUCUAAGUUCAGGAUCUCUAAGCAUUUCCCUGAAACAAACAAAAUGUGUUGUUAGCCAUUCAGUAUUUUGGAAUUAUUUGUCGCAUAUAGACAGUGCAUUAUUUAGAUGCUAUAUAAAAUAGCAAAUGAAAGAGGUAAAUUGUUUUCCCUUUAAUUGGUAGCAAGGGAAGGCUUGCUUAGCAUCCUGUUUAUAAAGAGAAAUACAUAAAACUAAAUAAAUGACCCUCAAUGACCUCAACCUGUUAAAAUGAUCUUCUAAUUAAUGCAAUUCAAUAAAAAAAAAAAAUAAAAAAAAAGUUUUACCUCCUUUGCAGUAACCGCUCCUCUUCGGGCACUUUGAAGACAAAUCUCCUCUUACUCCUGGUCCUAACCAUCUGUUUUUUGCUGUUAUCAGAUGUCUCUGGUACAGUGAGCAUUGCACCCUCUGAAAAAUGACAACAUAUAAUUAUUAUUACUACAACAGGACCCAUUCAUACUUAAUGUGACAGUCCUGUUUUAAUAGAUUUUGGUGGAAAUGAUCUGCCUCUGUCCAAAUUCCUCAGAGGAAUGAUAUUAAUAGUAUAACUUGAGCCAUCAUGUUUUGGAAUCUACACCUGCUCAGAGCCACACGGAAUGUCCACGUGGCCAGUGGUAGAAGCUAAUAACUUAAAAAACGGAACGGAGAUGGAGAAAUUGCAAAUUAUCUGUGCUAUAGUAUUGUCAUUGCCGUGCACAUUCUGAGAACACACACCUGAAUAUGAACUCUUCAAAUAAAGAAGACGAGGCGGCUCAGAAUUCAAGAAGUUCAGAGUACCAUCCACAUUUAAUGGCUUAAUCUGUAGUUAAAAAAUAAAAAAUUAGUAUUGAAAAAGCCAACAGAAAAUGUGUGAAUUAUGAUAUAUUUUUUUGGCGUCUUCAAAUUACCCGUCGUAAUCCAAUUGUCUGAACCCAUUCCAUGGUGGACACGUCAAACACGUCUAUACCAUAUUCACUGUACACGGUUACAUAAGAGGAGUUACAACCUGUGAGGGAAAAAACCAAAAACCUGUAAAUAAGUCUUAUUCACAUGUUAACGUGCUUUUGAAAUUGUGAGAGGGAUGACCCAAAGUACGGUCACAGCGUGCCAGCUGCCUACGCAGAGCUAACAAUGCUUUAACCCUGACUGACGAGCAAUGCAUUUAUUGAUUAUGGGGUAGGUAAACUUUGCUUUAAACAGUAAAAAUAGUAAUUUCAGUAUUGCUCAUUCAGUUUAACUGCAGGGAGAUUUCGGCUUUUAUGCCCAGAAAAAAAACGCUUAGUGCUGUAAUGUGAUCAGUAAAUAAUGGCAGAUAUACCAGGGAUGCAAGAUAUUCCCAGUGACAACAGGUAUCUAUUGCCACAAUUCAGGUUUGUAAAUAGUUAAAGGGAUAUUUAAAGGACCACUAUAGUGCCAGGAAAACACUUGUUUUCCUGGCACUAUAGUGCCCUGAGGGUGCCCCCACCAUCAGGGUCCUCCUCCCGCCGGGCUCUAGGGUGAGGAAGGGGUUAAACUUACUACUUUCUCCAGCGCCGGGCUGGGAGCUCUCCUCCUCCUCGGCUGAAUGCGCAUGCGCGGCACGAGCCGCGCGCGCAUUCAGCCAGUCUAAUAGGAAAGCAUUCACAAUGCUUUCCUAUCGACGCUGGCGUCUUCUCACUGUGAAAAUCACAGUGAGAAGCACGGAAGUGCCUCUAGCGGCUGUCAAUGAGACAGCCACUAGAGGCUGGAUUAACCCUAUUAUAAACAUAGCAGUUUCUCUGAAACUGCUAUGUUUAAAGCAGGCAGGGUUAACUCUAGAUGGACCUGGCACCCAGACCACUUCAUUAAGCUGAAGUGGUCUGGGUGCCUAUAGUGGUCCUUUAAUUCCAACAUGUGGCUGAACAAGGAUACCCAGUCACAUGACAGCCUGAAUGUGAAUGGAACUGCACAUUAUACACUUAAUACUACUUUAACCAUGUCAGGAACACGGAUAGGCACCUUAUUAUUCUUAUUGUGUUCUAGUUCCUGAAGGAGUUAAAGGAAUAAAAUUCUAGUGAUGCCCUUUGGAACUGUAAUUAAAGAUCUAAAAAUAAUUUUAAUAAUCAGGUAUGCAGAGGCUCUUAUCCCCUGGAUUGAGACACGACCAUCUCACAAUCCAUAGACACUGGGACAAAUGCAAACAGUAAGUUGCUUACUGUAGCAGCUUUGACUUCUCCUGUGCAGUAGAGACCCCUCUGACAAUGGAAAUAAAUCAUCUUAUAAUGUUCUGAAAAAAUUCCUUAACGUUAAUGAUAUUUCACUUAAAGGGACAUUAUAGUCAUCAGAACUACAGCUUAAUGUAGUUGUUCUGGAGAGUAUAGCAAGUCCCUGCAGCCUUUUAAAUAUAAACUAUGCUUUGUCUCUGCAUGGAGAAGCUUAACGCUCCCUAAAGAGAUGCAUUGACUCAAUGCAUCUCUAUGAGGAGAAGGUGAUUUGCUAGAGUGGCGUUCAGCCCCGCCCCCUUGGCUGAGAUCAUCAGAAUUGACAAUCUCAGUCAAUCCAAUGCUUUUCUAUUAGAAAGCAUUGUGAUUGUCUGAGAUUGUCAUUUCUGAUUAUGCCAGCCAAGGAGGCAGAUGGGGCGGGGCCAGCGCCAGCUGACCAGCAUGGCGCUGGAAAUAAGACAGAUUUUCUUAUUAUUUAAGGGGGGGUUCAGGGAUCCUACAUAUGUUUUUAACACUAUAGGGUCAGGUAUGCAAGUUUGUGUUCCUUUAUACUCUGAGCUAAUUUUCCAUUUGAACAGUGGGUUGCCAAUCUAACACCACGUACACUAUUUUAUUCUCCUACUAACAUGCAAUUAGAACCAACUGCAUUCUGUAUUACAAAAUAAUAACUAGAUUUGUGCAAAAAUUCCAGCUGGUUCCUCCAACUGAAAUUCUUUGAAUCCACACCCGAACAAAUCAAUCCGUCUGGUAUUUACCUGUGAAGUCUUACUCAAUGAAUAAUCCUGGGUUAAUUGAUUUGUUUGGGUGUGAAUUAAAAGAAAUUUGAGUCGGACCAACCAGCCAGACGUAAUUUUUGCACGUCUGAUAAAAUAUAUACGUAAAAAAAAAAAAAGCUAUGGAUCUUUUAAAGCUACAUAGAAACACCAGAGAAAUUAAAAAUAAAGGACUACAUCACACAUUUGGACCAUGAAAGUAUAAACCAGCAUGUACAACCAUGCAACAUAAGAAGGCUGUCCAGUAAUAUUGUUAAAGGAACACUACAACGCACUGUUUUAGAACAGUCUGACUUCUUAGCAGGAGUCUGCUGAGUGCUGUGGCCCACCUCCACUACCAACAGCAAGCUGGGAGCUCCAAAACAGGACCUUUAUUAGCUUUCCUGAGUACCUUUGGGUUUAGCCGAUUGGCUGAGGGCGUCUGAGUUAAGCCCAGUAGUGGAGAGCAUAGCUCGUUGUCUGACCGUGAUCUGAAGAAGUGCAAGCAGGGAGCAGCAAACAAUUGUACUAUUUACAAUGAGAGGGCGCCAGUGCACUCCAGCCACCAUAACCACUACAGAGUGCUGAACUAGUUAUGGUGCUUUGAGUGCUAGAUUGUUUACAGUGGAUUAUGCAUUCAGCCACGUGUUACAAAUAACUUUCAUUUUAACAGCACAUUACAACUACAUGCUUGUUAAAGCAAAUGUUUUCCUCCCUGGUAUUUUUCAGGAGUGAAACAGACCAAAACACCAACAGCAUAAAGACUUGCCUAUAAAACAUUAGUUUCAUGAACAUUUGUGUUAAAUUCUAAUACAGGAGACUACAGUCUGCACAGUGAUGAGACAUGUAUACAUACUGCAUGCAACUGGUGUGGUGGGCCACAUUAGCUCCUGCAAGCGUGACCUUCGACCUUGAGAAUCCACAUAUAUUCCCAUUUGGCUAAAGCAAAGCAGGUACUCAUUGUUGCUUAUCUCCACCGCACACAGGGCAUCGAAGGACUGCUGGGACAGGAAGCUAAGGGAGGGAUCGUUCGAGUUUACAAGAUGUAUGCCUUGUCCAUCUCCAUGAAUGUUUAACAGAGAAAACCCAGACUGGUAUCCAACGCAAAGCCGGUCUUUAAAUACAGACAACCACUGUACAUUUCCUGGAGCCAAGAUCUCAUUAAACUUCUUAUGGAAUGGUUUAGUUCUGUGGAUUUCAUAACAAAGGAUCUGCCUUUUGACAGCCACAAACAAGCAAGAAGUGGGCGAUUUCUUUAUGGUUCCAGUGGUAAUGAACUGGCAGCCUUUGGAUUCUGGUAGCUUGAUGUCAAAGGUGCCCUCCGAGCCAUCCAACAAGGUCCAAGGGAACAGAUGAACGUGAUGGUUACGACCACACACAAGAACAACAAUCUUCUCUUUUGGGACUAGUUCGAUCUGGUAGACCUUUUUACAGUCAGCUGCUCGAACAAUGAC